AUGUCAGACACACCUUUGCAGAGCAACGGCACCGCAACGGCACCGUGAGUGUGAUUUUAUCUUGAUAUUUCUGUCCCUAUCGUUUCCUCCAUCCUUCCUCUUUUUCCCUGCAUCUCUCCACCCUGCUCUUCCCUCCAUCUGACAGGCUCGGGUUGUCAUGGGAACGGGAGCUCAGUCAUGGUGAGGCUGCUGCUCAGUCAUGACUGGCGAGGAGACACGCGGUACACAGCGUACACUCCUCCCUCUCCUCUCUUUCCUCUCUUUCCUCUCCUUCUUUCCCCUCUGGUUUUGACUCUCUCUAAUCCUCACACCUCACCACACAUUUACCCGCCAUCUCUGCACUUUCUGGCUCUACUGCCCCUUUUUCCAUCACUGCUUCUCUUUGAUUCUCCUACUUUUCCUUUUUUUUUUUCUUCUUCUUCAAACCAGUCCAGCAAUCCCUCUUUUUCGCCUCAUUCAAACUCCUCUUUUUCUUGAAAUGUUAUGUGUGGCUGUGUCUCAGUAAGCAUCUAAUAUGGCAUGUUUUAGAAUAGCCGGUGUGGAGGCUGCAGGCUUAGUCCAGCCUCUGUGUGUCAGCAUUGUCCGCCAUGCUGCUGCAGACCUCUUCUUUCUGUGUGGGAUUUGCGGCUCUGUGUUUGCAUGCAUGUCCGUGCUAACAUGAGAAGAAAGAAACAUUUUGACAUGAAGGGACAUACUGAAUGAGACUUUUUGCUUUUUUUGUUUUUUGUCAUGGUUGAAUAUUUACAGAUGAAAAAAAGAUCUAAACAUGAAUUCAUGACUAAAUAGGCUAAUUAGUAUUCAUGAAACAGCAGCAGGACAAUUAUCGAGCGAACGCUGACGAUGUGUGAAGGAAUUGUGUAACUUUGGCAGCUUUUGGUUUGAAAAUCACUACGAGUUGUCAAGCCUUGGAUGAUGUGUCCCAGGAGUACUAAAGACUCCUAACAUCAGCACAUUUCAACAGCCCAGCUUCUAGUCUGGAGAAAGAUUCAGAGCAUUCAAAAUAGCCAGUAAAUAAAUAAAUAAAUAAAAGAUUGUUUUGCACAAAACAUUUGUGAGAUGAUGAAAUCCAACAAGUUGAACAAAGUUUUAUUUGUGUGUUUGUGUGUGUGUGUAUUAUUUUCAAAAGUCCCACAACAUUUACCAAUAUAAAUCUCUUUUGAGCAAAGUUAUGAGGAAUUUUAAGACUUUGAUAGUUUCAAAUGAGGGGGAGGCCUUCUGCGUAAGUUGUGAAAAUGUCUAAAUAGGGCUCUAACUUGCUCCACAGCAGAUAAACAGUCAUAAUCAGACUGAUCUGAAUCAUGCCUCACAAUGUGACAGUCUAGGGUCUCCGUUACUGUAUUGUGCGUUUCAUAAUGGGCCACACAUUUUCAAGGGGGGACAGGUCUGAGCUGCAGACAGGCCAUUCCAGUACCCACAGUCUUUUAUAGUUAGUCAUGCCAUGGGCACCAACAUACGCCCAGACCAUUAUAGAUGCUGGCUUUGAACUUUGACCUGAUCAAAGUCUGAAUGGUCCAACACUGGCAGUGUUUCUGGCUGUUGUUGAUAUCUGUCUUUGUCUUUGCAUGGUAGAGUUUGAACUUGUAUAUGUAGAGAUGAUCAGUGUUAACUGAAAAUGGUUUUCUAAAGUCCUCUUGAGCCCACAUGGUAAAGUCCUUUACAGAGUGAUGUAGGUUUUUAAUGCAGGGCUGCCUGAGGGAAAUCCAGUCCUGUUUUCAUCCUUGCUGCUUAUGUGCAGAGAUUUCUCUAGAUUCUCUGAACCUUUUGAUGAUAUUAUGGACUGUAGAUGAUCAAGUCCUUAAAUUCCUGCAGUUUUACAUUGAGAAACAUUGUUCUUACACUGUUGGACUAUUUGCUCACACAGUUGUCCACAAAGUGGUGAACCUUGCCCCAUCCUUUUUUAUGUGCAACUGAGCCUUUCAGGGAUGCUCCUUUUAUACCCAAUCAGGACACUCACUUGUUUCCAGUGAACCUGUUCACCUGUGGAAUGAUCCAAUCCAAGUCCUCAAUUUCCCCUUUUUUUAGUUCAGUGGUUCUCAAGUCCAGUCCUCGAGGCCCACCUGAUUCAAAGACACACAUGAUUCAAAUGAUUACCUCGUUAUUAAGCCAUUACAGAGCUUGAUAACGAGCUGAUCAUUUGAAUCAGGUGUGUUGAAGCAGGGAAACAUCCAAAACAUGCAGGAGAGUGGGCCUCGAGGACUGGACUUGAGAACCUCUGUUUUAGUUGAUUCUGUCCAAACUUUUCUAGAACGUUUUGCAGCAUCAAAUUCUCAUUGAGUGAAUACUUAAAAAGAUCAAAUUCUGUAUUUAAGUAAAUGUAGGUUAAAAAGAAUUUUCAAAUCAUUUUAUUCUGUUUUUAUUUUUUAUUCACCUUUUACACAACAUCCAAACUUCAUGUGCACAAGGAACUGAAAAAAAGGAGUGGUAUGUUCAACCGUCAAAAGAUCCAAAGAGAAGAUGUAUCUGUAAAAGUCUUGGUCACCUGUUGUAAAAUGCUGUGAAAUUCCACAAAAGCUACACACUUCUAUUGAUGGUUCGUGUACCUGCUCCUGGCCAAUCAGAUUUCACUUCCAUGCCGACUGGAAACACCCCUGAAUACAGAGAUACAAAGGCUAAUCUUCAAUCAUGAUCAUGUUAUCCAGUUUAUUUUCACUAAAUCUCUAUGAUUUGAAAGUAAAAGGGUUAAAUUGAUCCAUCUUUUUGCAUCUCGACUUGCUACACUAAGCUGAAGUGGUUGUUGAGGGAAGUACAGACAGUGAUAGAGUGGUGAGGAACGGAGAGUGGGAGUUGUUCUUUAACAUUCAAAGUGUUGUAGGUGUACUUGUGUUCCACUGAAGCUACUAAAAGAGAGCAAAAAUUCAAAUAGCUAUGAAUGUGCUUGUCUUUCUUCCAUGUGCAUUUGAUGGUUGUGUCCUUGAAUCUUAGAGAGGCUGAUCAGCUCAAGAAAGUCUUCAGACUUAAUUGGUGGAUGUUCAACUUUCCUGAGACACAUCUGUCUGUUUCAAGGAACUUAACAACACUUCCGCUCCAAAACCGAAACAGCCUAAAAUCCCUGCAGAUGUAGUAGAUUACUAGUUUGCUAGUUUGAGUGACAACCAACUUGUUACUCUGCAGCCUGACAACAAGCUCAGAGUCUGAAUCAGCUGUUGACUGACACUUUGAGUGACAGGUGGGAGUGAAUUUUUUAUCCUCUUUCUAUCAGAGCCGCACCCAUGAAGCUGCAGAGACGGUGCAGCGAGGCGUAAAGCAGACAUGCCUCACUGGUGCAUCAAUAGUUAAUGGUAUAUUUGUGAAAAUUAGACAGCGCUGUCGUGAUGCACUAAGUCUCCUACCUUCUGUCCCUGCUCAGCUCUGUCUGCUGUGAGUCCAUUUCUAAUCAUUACACACAGUAUGCUCUGUGGGUGGUCCACUGAUUCAGCAAAGAAAUGAAAUAGUAUUUGUGCUCAUGGUGAGCGUAGACGCCACGACGGCAGAUGGUCCAUUCCCUGUUGCUGUCUAUUGCACUCCCUGGGAAGUGUGUCAGGGGACAGACUUAUUAGUGAGUCACUGAGUUCAGCAUAUUCAGAUUGACUGAGUGGACACCUUGCAGAGGCAUUAAAAUGACCAUUUCAGAUGUUGACAUUAUCAGCAGGGAUACAGUUGUUAGAUGUGUUAUGAAAAACAUUUUGAUGGCAAACUUAAACUUAAGAUCAAAACAUCUGCUUAUGUGUGACUUAAAGACUGUAUAUAGAAUGGACGUCGUCUGCCUCCUCACUGGGUGAAGCCACUCUGAGAACAGCACCCUCUGGUGACGGACUGCAGUAUAGGUCAUAAAUCCCACCUCCUCCAGCAAUCCCUAUGGAGCUGUGGACAAACUUUAGAAAUUAAUCACACAGAAUAUAAGUUUUUCUCCCCCCCUGGUUGCGAUGUUGACAUGUAGUGACAUGUAGUGACUACAAGCCUGGUUUGUGCUCAAGUCCUCUUUUUUCUGUGCAGCUCUAUUUCUAAAAGUUAUCAGGGGGUUCAUGUUCCCUAUGAUUGACACUUGAUAUAGCCAAUGGGCUUACAAAGAAUGUGUAACUCACCAGGGGGGAUACGCUGUUUUAGCCGAGCGUCAUCACAGCGACUCUCUAUUACUUUCCUGCAAAAUGCAUACAACACUACUGUGUAAUGUUGGUUUCAGGAAGUGGAGAAAAAAACCUGGAAUUACCGGGAGAGCUUUUCGGCUUCAAAUACGUAUACUUGUGAAAGGCAGAACCAAGUUGUCAAUAGUAUAUACAGUCUAUGGUAUGACCCUAGAGCAUGGUGGAGUAUUUUCUACUUUCUAAAAAUAGGACGAAAAAGGGCAGAGUAUAGAACAACAAUCUUAUGGUAAAGCACAUGGUACAUUUUGAGCUCCUCACGGUAUCAGGUGAAAAAAAGGAUGCAUCUCUUCUAAAAUGUAUCUCAAAACAAAUAUUGUUUGAAUAUGAAUGGCCUUAAUUGAACUAUUCACCAGGGAUGUCACAAUGUCAGAUUUUUACCUCGUGAGUUUUACAGCCCCAAAAAUUUCAUAAUAAUAUCACAACAGAGGCGAGACAGGAGUGAAGUCACGUACAAACUCUACAAAGAAAUGCAACUGACUCACUUACACGUCAUCUUUUUAGUCUUCUUCUGCGUGUGAUUGUGUGUUACCAGUGUCCUCAGAGACACGAAAACUAAAACCACAAAACUCCCAGACCAACAGGGGAAAUUUUUGUAGGUGUGGACAGAGCACUUUACUUUCAUCUGUGGUCUCCUCUAUGUAUGUCCAAUAAAAUACUUAUCAGUCAUCAGUAAUGCUGUAGCCUCACUGUGUGUAAAUCACCACAGCAGUCUUAGUGUGGCUGUGCGGACUGAAAACACACAGUCUUAUCAGUCAGAAAAAAAAGGAAGUGCUGUGAUCUGAGUGUUUGCUUUGAGGCAGUGAUUUACAAACCCGAGCCAGCGCCCACUUUUUUUUUUUUUUUUUUUUUUUGCAUUGACAAGAAGCAAAUUUGAGACACAAAUUUAUGUGUUUGACAGCUUUUAUAGUGAAAAGAGGAUGUACCGAGCAGCAGGUGGGAAAUGUAAUGCCCUGAGUAGCUCAGAGAGGCUCCUGGAAAUGAAUUUUAGAUUUUCAAAUGCUUGUGAGACAAUGUUUUAGCCUGUAAAACUUGAACCGUGAAAUAAUCAUCAGAAAAUUUUGAAAGUGGACCCUUUAUUAGGUCUUCUGACAUAUAAUGUAAAGAAAAAAAUAUAAGUCCAACUUUUUUUUUUUUUGAAUAGGAGAUUUGCAUAAAAAAUUACCUUACAUACCUGCUGUAUCUAAUCUGAUCAACACAGUUCAACACCUGAUUGUAUACAUUCGGUUUUUCAGGAAAAAAUCAUCACAGUGAGGAUGUAGAGCUCUGAAAAACUCCUAAAUUCUUUUUGAUACAAAGGGUGACAUAGGGUUAAUUUCACUGUGUGUCACAGAUGUGAGCAAAACAAACACAGUCUGACCUCCUUCAGUGGUGUAUAAAAUAUGAAUGAGAUCAAGGUCUGGCACUCCCAGAAAUAUGUCGCUUUGAGGGUCUUAUAUGUCAGUUUAAGGUACUUAUUUUCUCUAUAAACUCACUCCCAUGGGCACACACACACAGGGAGAAAACUUGGUCUGCUGCAGAAGCCAGUGUGAAACAUACAACAUGUGUUCCUGUACAUGUUUAAGUUAUUUUGGGAAGAACUGCGAUGUUGGUGAACCAAGCUCAGGAACGGCAGGCAAAGGCACACGCUCGUAAAUGAUUUUCUGACAUACUUUCUGUGUCCAUAUUCGCUCAUUCCCUCUGCCUCCUACUCUCUUCACAUGUUAUUUUAUUUCUGCGUCUGUGUGUGAGUGUGAGUGUGUGUAUUUUCCUGCCCGUGGUUCCACAUCUGGAGGCUAUUACCUCUGGGCUCUGGGAUUGGGAAGAGGCGGAGCUGGGCUAGCUGUGCAGUGAGGUCAUUGCGUCGUCGUGGCGAUGCAGAGGAACAAUGAUGCUGUUGUCUUUAACAACGACGCACCAACGUAGCUAACACCAGAAUUACAAGGGUAGGGGGGAGGAGAGUUGGAUGCAUGCAUCUGAGGGAGAAAGACUUUAAGAAAUAGAAGGGGGGAGAAUAGUUGGAUAAAACGGAAAUGCCAAAAAUUACAAUGAUCAAAGAAUAGUGCAUCAUCUAUAAUAACAGUGUGAGCAGCCAGCAUAAUAAUAUGAUGUGUGUAAACGCAGGUCAAACAGAAACACAGAGGCCAGAAGUCUUGGACUGCUGCAGAGCUGAGUGUGGUGUCUUGAUAUAAACUGUAUUUCACGGAGACUCCAGACAGGUCCUGGUCUAUGACCUCCAUAAAACCACAUUAGAGAUGAAGCAAUAGGUCUUAAUGAGGGUGUGUCCCAGAGCAGAAAAGGACAGAUUUUAUGGAGCAUUUUGAUGUGGAGCCUCAAACAGGUCUGUGUUACAGUUUUAACAAAAUCUGUCUUUGGAACAUUUUACUUCAUUAUUCUUCAUGCACUUCACAUGCACUCGGGGAAACAACUCUGACUCCUAAUAUCCCCACUGAAACAAAAGGAAGAUACAUACUGACUUGUGCACAGAGUGAAACCAUUCGUCCUGUAAAUUUAUGUAACUCAAAACUGAAUUUUGAAGCAGCUGCAAUAAAACAAGCUAUAAACACAAUGUGGGCAUUCCUGCCUGCAGUCACAAUACACUAUAACCACUCGUUUAAAAUUCAGUCUGUAAGCUUCCCUCUCUUUCUCUGAUCUCAGAGUAUCAUGUUCCCCUGGUAGUUGCAUUCGUCUCUCUGCAUGCUGGGCAUGUAGAGCGGGUUGUCAGGGUGGAUUUCAGUGAUAUCCUAUGCUGUUUAAUUUUGAUACCAAAGAGAUCAUGUCCAAUCUCAAAACACCAAUCUCUUCAACAUUUUUCUCACAAACUUUAUCGAGUUUUUUUUUUUUCUUGUGUUGGUUCAUUUUGUUGAUGACUCUCUGUGGAUCCAGCCUCAUCCUUCUUAUUUUACGUAGAUUAACUCACUCCUGAUUGUAACACGAUUGUCCUCUGUUUUUGGGCCUGUUCAGGGGAGUUUAUAAAAUCCUCCAAAUGUCUGGGGCUUUGUAUGGAAGUAUUGAGUUAGUGUAGCGUGGACUAACUGAGUUAGAAGCGCAUAAAAACACUCGACCCGACCUGAAAUACCCUCAAAAUUUUGUGUGCGACUCCGCCCCGCAUGAUAGUAUCCUUUUUUUAGGGAUUCAGAAUAUGGUCACCCUAUCUUAGUCAUGGUCUGCCAUUCUCCUGAGAGUGCUGAUGGGUAAAUAAGUAUACUAUUAGAUUAUACAAAAGCUCUUUUACAUCACAGUUUCUCUGUUUCUUCAUCGUCCUGUUUAUUUUAUUUUACAAAAAAGAAGAAGAAAAAAAGAAUGACUCAGACUUGGAUGACAUUCGCCAACAAAGGCUUGUAAAAGCAGCAUAUGACACACAUUUUAUUACCAAGUUUGGGAAUUAGAUUUGGAUUUUGUCUUAAUAUUGAAUUUGUAAGAAUAGAAUUGGAACCAAAAUAUUCUUUUUUUUAUUGCCACGCGAAGACGUGUCGUAAAUCUUGGAGAGCAGCACCCCUUAUUGAGGAUUCUUGGACUUGGUUAUGAACAUUGGUUAAUCGGUUUUUAAUAGAUGAAUGUGUUAUUUGAUUUUUAAAGACUCUUUUGCAUCCUUAAACAACAAAAUCCAACGUAACCUUCAAUCUUUAACUGCUCACAAGCAAAUAAGGAAGUUAUAGCUAGUGCCGUCUUUGAUUUAUCCAAGUGUUGCAGCUGCUCUGUGACUCUACGGGACAGAUACUCUCCAGCUGCAGUUAUUUACUGCAUACUUCUCCCGCAGUAAUGCUGAGGCUGUUAUGUCUGCAUGCGCUUGUGUGUGUGUGUGUGUGUUUCUCUGUGUUUGUGUGUGUGUGUGUUACAUGCUUCUGUAUUCCCUGAAGAGCUGUCCAGUCCUGCUGCUGUUUCUCCUUAUAAGGACGUUUACUCGUGGAAGGAGGGAUGCAGAAAAAGAAAGAGAGAGGAGAGAAAAUGUAGGCUGGAAACAAGGAGACGAAAGUGGGGACAGGUGCGAUAGGGGACAUUGAAAGGAGGAGAUAAGGAUUAGGAGGAUGAGAAGAAAGAAAGGGGGUCAGGAAGAAGACAGGAAAUGUGGAUGCAAAAAAGGGAAAGUGGAAAAGGGAGGAAAGAGUAUCAGAGGAGAAAGUAAGAGACAAGGGAUCAGGAAAGGUAAUAUGGGAUGUUAGGAAAUAAGGUGAAGGGUGUAGGAGAUAAGCAGAGGAAGAACUAUAACUGAGUAAAAGUUCAAAUAAUGGGCACAGGCAAAAGUGACCCAUUUUUACAAAUCUUAUAUUUGUGUGUGUUUGUGUGCACCUCCUUGUGUUUCUGCUGUGCCUUUUAAGGAGUGGUUUUGCACCUUUUACAAAGGUUUUCAUCCGCACACAUCUUUGUCAGGAUGUGUCACAGUUGUCCCUUUAUUCUGUCCUAUUCCUGUUGUUUUUUAAAGUAGGAGGCUUCUAUUGAUGUCACUUUGAGAGGCGCUGGAAUAACUGUUCGACCAGAGUGACCAAAAUAGAUCCUGAAGAGUCAGCUGCAGGAUUGUUUGUGUGUGGGCAACACAACUGCUUGUGGUGGUUUCAUACAAUUGUAGAAAAGAUCGCUUCAUGACGGUUUUGUCUCCUGUUAAAAGUGAGAGAAAUAUAAAGCAGGAUUCCUCCCAUGGAAAAUGUAACGUCUUGAGUGUGUCUUUAACCCUGCAGCACAGAGGUGACCUCAGAGAAGCUGCCAGCGACCAAACCAGCACAUAGUUUCAACAGUAGCUGAGAAAAGAGGUCCAUAUUUGAAAAUCAAAGACCUCUUCAAAGAGUUGGCCUUAAACCUGCAGUAGGUUGCAUUAUUGAAUUAACAUUCGGGGUUACAAUGACUAAUGUUUAUUCAUGGUACACCACGCCAGUGUUGUGCAACUUCAGAUUAAAAAUGGAGUAACUGGAAGUCUAGUUCACAAAGACGGAGAUGAAUUUGUAAUGCCUGUAGGUUAUAAUUUUAAAAUUUGAGCAAAGUUUAAAUUGCAAAGAGUGAAAUUGUUCCCCCUUCUUAUUUUAGCUGCAUUUUGUAACCCUUGUUCAGCAGAGCUUCCCUCAUGUCCAUUCUAAAGUCAAUACUUUGGGCUACUGAGAUGCUUGACCCAGAGUAACCUGGUUGACACGCUGCGCUACUAGUUUCUUACACUACUGUGAGUUUUUGAUGAUCAGUGAAAGUCCGGACACUGUUCCUCAGACGCAGCGAACAAAAAUGUAUUGCGAUGAACAUUACCAAAAUCCGUUUUGCAAUUGACAUAGAGCAACAAUGACUAAACAAAGAAAACACUGGCAUUUAGCGCCACAGCGGUCAAAAACCAGUCACGUAGCUACCUCUAUGCCUGAGCCCCAGAUAACAGGACAGCGACAUCUAUGGCAUACAAAGUGAACUGCAACUCAUAAUAUGGUAUCACAUCAACAUAUUAGGCUCCUACAGGUGGCUUUUAUUGUUUUUCAUUAUGACAGUCUAUCCAGGAAAAAACAAUUGUUUUUCAGGGCAGAUGGUUUAAAACAUUGACUGUAUAUAGAAUGGACACCGUCUGCCUCCUCGCUGGGUGAAGCCACUCCGAGAACAGCACCCUCUAGUGAUGGGCUGCAGUAUAGGUCAUAAAUCCCGCCUCCUCCAGCAAUACCUAUGGAGCUGUGGACAAACCUUAGAAAUUUAUUACACAGAAUAUAAAUUUCUCUCCCCCGCUGUUUGAGCCGAGCGUCAUCACAGCGACUCUCCCACCGAAUGCGUACAAUGCUACUGCGCACUGUUGGUUUCAGGAAGUGGAGAAAAAACGCAGAAAUACAGAGAGCUUUUCAGCUUGAAAUCCAUAUACUGGCUGAAGGCGGAACCAAGUUGUCCAUCGUUUAUACAGUCUAUGGUUCAAAAACUCUGCUUGAUUCAGCUGAUUAGUGUUUACAAUGUGUUGUCUGACUCGACCAAAAAUUUGAACAAGAUUAAAAAAAUACAUGAAAACACACAUUCAUUUAAAGUUAGUUGACUGUUUAUUCAUCCAAAUGACUGAUUGGCCCUGGAGUAAUUGUGAUGCGCUGAUUUGUGGAGGUGACCAAAAACUGAGCGUGUAAAUCUCAAAACGGGACAGCAUAGAUAAAAGCUUUUGUUUUAAGUGACUGAAGCAGGAAAGAAGAACAAGAUAAAAAAAUAGUCAUAGUUUUCAGCUGUUAAUGAUUCAUCACCCUCAGUCCUGGUCCGUGCGUCCAAAUAUGACAAAUUACUCCUGUGCUUCCCUUUUCCUGACUUCUGCUUUUCUUUUUUUUUUUCUUCCUUUUUCUUUUUUCUCUCCUCCGUCUCUCACAGCUCCCUAACUUCAUGUCAUCACUUCUCUUUCUCGCUCUCUGUCCUUCCCCUCGUCUCUCCCUCUCAGCUGCUCCUCCCAGCUGUUUAAUCACACAUGGUCCAUGCCUAAAAAAGAGAGAGAGAGAGAGAGAGGGAGGGAGGGAGAGAAGGAAGGAAGGAGGGGACAAAUGGGAGGAGAGACAGAGCGCGCAAAAGAAAGAGUGGGUGAUUGGGACGGAGAGAAAGAGAGAGAGAAAGUAGGAGCAGGCGAGCAGAGUGUGAGGCACAUGGCCAGUGAAUGAGAGAUCUUUGCGUCCUCUCAGUGCGAGCUCCUUCUCCCUCUGUCUCUGGUUGGAUUACUGCUGAGGAAGGACCUUGUCUGGAUACUCCUCCUCCUCCUUCUCCUCCUCCGUCUCUUCCCUCUCUCUCCUCUACUACCCUAUCUUCUUUUUUAUCUCUUACUGAGGGACUCUUUCCCAGAUCUCACGUCUCUUUCUCCUUUCACCCCCCUCUCCCCUUGCUUCCCCCUCAGGAUGUCGUGUGAGGAGGCUCAGCUCCACAAAGAGAGGCUGCAGGCCUUGGCGGUAAGUCAGACUGAGUUCAAAAUGUCUGUUUGUGCUCUUGUCAUCUUCAUCUGACCUUCUCUGUGUCUGUACUGCUGCCUGUUUGUCUGUCAGCUGUUAAAAACACGCAGGCUUUCAUGGACACGUCUCACCGUGACUCCAGGUCUUUCUGACAUUCACAGUUCAACAUCACGCCAAACUGUCUGUUACGUCAGAGUUCUUGCUCCUCUGCUAGUUCCCCCUCUCUCUCUCUCUUUCAAUCACUGUCAUGCUCUCUCUACCUCUAUCUCUAGCUGGUCACAUUGUUCAUUCAUGAUCCAUUCAGGCCAGUCCAAACACAUGCGUGAGGCAGGAAACGGUGUGCCUCGUAGUUCAAAACCAAAGUUCAAGUUUAUUGAACUUGGACAAACAGAGCAGCAGUAACAGAAAAGGUGUUGUGCAUCAUGAGUUGGAGCUUGAAUAUGCAGCAGUAGUGGUCUGCCUCUGUGGUUUCAUGAUUCAGAAGACUUGGGACCUGGAAUUUAAAUCAUCCAAAUUAUAAAUGCAACUGAUCUCUGCUGUGUAUCGGCUUUUUUUGUGCAUUAUAUUCAGUGGUUUUAUGUUUCUGUUGUUGGGUUGUUUAAUGUGUUGAGAGUCUGACUUCAUAGCCUCCUACACCCAUUUCUGUCACAUGAGACAAAGUGAUUUUUGUUGCACACACUGUAACCAGCUCUCUGUCCUGAUCUGCAGCUGUUUUUGUCUCGUUCUUCAUGUCAACUUCUUCCAUGUUCUUUUUCUGGAAGGGAAACCAGAGCAGAGCGAAGCUGGUGGAAAAUCAGAUGUUUCCAUGUUUCCUUUUCUCUUUCUUUCUUUCUUUCUUUCUUUCUUCUUGGCUGGAUGUCUGAAGGUUUUCAGGUUUAUAUGCUUUCCAAGGUGGAACAAUCUCAGCUGUUAGGUGGUCUGCUCUGCAGCAUGUUUCGACGUAUAUUCUGUGAUCAGCGAGGCAGCUGCUGAAGCUGCUGGUUGGACUUCAGAGCAACAGUUAGGCCUGGAGUCACUGCCUUGGACUAAAUUUGGCGCCAGUGAGGAACCACAGCAUACCACACACACUUAAGACGCACAGAAGCACAGGAAUAUACACACACACUCAUUUGUAGUCACAAGUGUGUGUGUGUGUGUGUGUGUGUGUGGUGGGGGGGGACUAUGGCAGCGGCAGAUGGAGAAACUAUUUUGGCCACGUUGAUGAUGAAGCCACAGCAGGCUGCAUAUGCUUGAACCUGAGAGGCGAAUAAUAGUGGAAAGAGAGCUUUGAGAGUUUGUUUGUUUGUUGGAGAGCGAACAGCGUUUCGGUUUUUGCAUCACUCUUGCAUGUGAGUCAUCAAAACAUUUAAAAAAAUUGAUUACUCGAUCAUGUAAAUGAGUCUGUUUGUUUGGAGCACACGUCCAAAAUAAUCUUCAUAUUGCAAAAGUUGCAGAAUAUUGUGGGCAGCAGCAGCAGCAGACACUAUCGACGCCGAGAGCUUUGACACGCAUUCCAAGACAGUUCAGGUGAUGAAUGGAAGCAAAUCAGCUGAGACAAUUCGUCUACUUACAAUGAACAACCGUCUUGUCUGGGUUGUAUGUGUGUACAAUAAAUCAAAGACAAUUGCAGCACUAAUAGCUUUCGAGCUCUAACAGGCUCUUAAAUAGACAAGAGCUACUAUUACACUAACAGUGCUAACAAGUCUCUGAUGGAGCGAAGCACUCUGUAGGCCUCAGACACAGCCAGACAGCCUGAUCCAGUGUAAACCCAGUAGCUGGAUACGGUUUCUUUGGACAGCUAAUGAAAAAGGAGAAGGAUUUUUUAAGACCCAACAAUCAGAACGCAGACAGUUGAAACAAAGAAGCUAAAACUCAAUAACAAAAGGUUUUAUUUCUCCUUUCUCAUCUCUAGCUGUUGAAGGGAGGUCUACAGUGGAUACACACACUUACAGUGUCUUUGGCCUGCAGCUGACAUGCUAAUGAUUCCAUCAAUAAUUAAUAACCUGAGAUUUUACUGUCAUCCCCAUCACUGUCUGAACUCAUCAAUACUUUAGCAGGUCUUGGGCCAAAUUUGAGGCUUAUUUUAAAAACUGAGGCCAAAGGUCAAGCUUGUCAGCGCAGUGUAAACACACCACUUCAAUUACCACAGGCUUUAAUUAACACGGUGUAGAGUAAAAGAGUUCAAGAUCUGUGCGGUAAUUUCUUGAUCAGGCCAAACAAAAAGAUGACUGUCAGGUUGAAGAUGACUGUCAUUAUAAUGUUCAUUUCCCAUACAGACAGGUCUGUCUGCUGUGUGGCUCAUGAAUAAAGAAUGGCACUAAUGGCUGUGAAUCACAAGGGCUUUUUGACAGGGGGACUUACUUUUCCAUUCAAUCAUCACAGCUGCGGUGAGGUAUUGUAGUGAUAAGUCAAAGAGUACGAGCAGGAUUUUUGAGUGUUUUUAAUUCAAGUAACGCAGUUUCCUUAAUUCCUUAAUUUUUCACACAUUGUAGACAAAAAUAGAUCCAAACUAUCUGUAAAUAUUGUUUAUCAAACUUAGGAUGAAUGCAACAUGCCUGUUAGUUAUAUGGUUCGUCUGGAUUAUUGAACCCUGUGUAUAUACAGUGCUCAGCAUAAAUGAGUACACCCCAUCAGAAUUGUCAGAAAACCUUGAGUUUCCUUUCAAAAUUAACAUUUUCUAUGUCAGACUAUACAACAAAAUACCCCUCCAAAUGUAGGCCAUUGGCUGCAAACAAGAUUUUUUAAGUUGCAUACAAAAAAGUAUAUUUUUCAAUCUAAAAUCAGGAUGCAGAAAUGAGUACAUCCUAAUCAAAGUUCUGGGAGCAAAGCUAAAUUUUAGUUACCGUAUCACCCUUAUUUUCAUCCUGUGAUAAAUAAAAUGUUAUGUUAAACUCAGCUUUGUCAAAACUAUGGAGAUUGUUCUUUUACUCAUCUAUAUAUUGAGUCAUACAUUACUUUUAAUAGGGGUGUACCGUAUGCACUUACAGUAUCUAUGCACAAUUCUGUAAAUUAUUAUUUUGUAUUUUUGCUGCAUUUUUGUUCCAAUUGUUGCCAAAAUGAACUUUACCAAUUUUUUUUUGUUUUUUUUGUUUAAUUAUUAUUAUUUUUUUUUUUUGCUGCAGAGUGUGCCAUCUAAUUGAAAUGUAGAGUAUCUCUGAGUGGUUCAUGUAGUAUGUAAUAAUAACUAAGUGCGUGAAUCAUUCAUCAACAUAAAGUGUUGUUUAAUCAGACUUAAUUAUUCAACUGGCUCAUCUCUCUGCAACACAUUCAGGCCGACAGUCUGAUAGUGAUUAAGACCUGUUAGCUGCAACCAGCUCAGGUUUCCAUGGUUACUGAUUGGUUUAGAUGAGGAAACAGCUGUGAUGUCAUGUCGUUAAACCCAGGGCCGUACUUGGUAUAUUAUUAACAUAUAAUUAUGGCGUUUUGGGAAGCAGCCUGAUCACGGUUCUCCCCAAAACACUGAUUACAUAUGUUUGCGAAUGCACUGUAUGUGUGUGCUUGUGUGUUUAUGUGUAUGUGUGCACUGAGUGUGUUCACCAGAGCCCAGCAUGUGGUUUUGAGAUUAACCAAUGAGUGGUGAGGGCCUCAUCUUUCUAAUUAGAUGUUGCCCAUGUGGCCCACAGACCGCAGAUGUUUUGGGUAAAUACAUAUUCAGGUGUGCGUCUUUGCAUGCACUCAUCCCCUGAACUUCUGUGUGGUGUCUGUGAUAUGUUUACACAGAUGACUUCAGCCCGUUGGACUCUUCCUCAACCCCCUACAUACACACUCUCAAAAGCACACAAGGCCACAGAUCGUCUGGGGCCAAGUCUGAGGGGAAUUAGGAAACGGUGCAUGAGGAGUGAGAUGAUGGCAGUGUGUUUAGAUUUGCAGGGGGAAGAUGGAGAAUGAGAAGAGCUGCUGGCUGCAGGGGAGCGGAAAUUUCUUAUUGCAGAGAGAUCAGUCUCAGCUCUGAAAGAAGAUCUAUGAGCUUAAUACGUUUUAUGAACAAUCCUGGGAGACUCAUACUAAGAUAUGACUUUAUUUUAGUGACUGGAUUAGACUACAGGUCGAUGUCUUUGAGGUAAUCUGUGAAAUCUGGGGUUGUGAUAGAAGCUGGUCAGUGCUCUGGAUCCACUCAAUGAGCGCUAACAGAGGGAAAUGAGCUUUGUAGGGUGAAAGAGAGGGGGAUGCUAUAUAACUAGACCUUGGCAUGCGCUGAGAUUUGUGGUUGUGGCAUGCAGUGAAGGGCCAAGUAAUGGGCUGCAUUAAGGAGAGAGGUAAAUAGAGUUGGGGGCUGGGCUGCCUGCAGGCCUUGUUAGUUUGUGCAGUUAUCUUGCUCAUGAGGUGACAUGUUAGCAGUACUGAUCCUCUGGAAACAGAUGGGAAUGUUAUAUUGAUUGCCAAGGCUGUAAAUUUUAACCCAAGUACAACUUUUUCCUCAAGCUUUUAGUCAUUUCUACUCUCACAUGUGAUUCAUUGGGCUUCUGGUUUUAUAGAACUACACAGUGCUCCAAGUCCAACAUACCUGUUGCUGAAAUGUUACAGUGAGAGCCAACAUUACUCUCAUAUGAAACUAUCAAAACAUUUUAUCCACCUUUGAGAAAAGUAGAGUUCUUGCAGUUAACAAAAUAGCAGUAUGUAACACCCUAGCCAUGCAUUUUCUGUAAUUAUUUAAUCCUUUCUUCCGGCUGCAAACUGUUGAAACAAAAGCAGCCUAAAAUAACCGCUGUAAGAGAUCGUUGAUCCCUUUUAUAAGUAAUUUUCUCACAAUGAAACAUGGGUGAGUUAAUUAGACACUUCCUCGUAAUGGUUUUCACAUGCUUUGUCUGGGAUGAGUUUGAAUCCAAAUUUACAACCCUGGUUCAGUUUAGCCAAAUAAAGACUUUCCCACACAUAUGACGGAUGUUUGCCAUCUUUAGGUUUGUGUGAAGUCGACAUCCAAGUGAGGCUUAUAUGGUCCAUUUGACUGUAAGUUGAAAAAGGGUUAGCUCUGCCACAAUAAGACUCAACAGUCAGAGUAUCCUGAGUCAGGCAGCAUGUCAGUUUUAGUAUAUGUUGAGGUUUGACAGCUGGAUAUGAUUACAGAAUAGGCUAACUAAAUUUGUGUCUAACCUUUUCAUAUUUGGCAGAGUGGGUGUUUCGAACUACCAACUUAGCAGACUGGAUACUGUGGUGGCAGGGGUGGGUGGAUAGGGGAGGCUUGGUUUCCAGACUUCAGCAGUUUGUAGGGGGGUGGGGGAGUCUGCUUGGGGCAGUCAGUCUGAGGAGGGGGUGUGUGUGAUUUGUUGGGUUGCAGGGGGUCGGGGCACGCCAGGCAUUACAUGCCAGCUAAAAUUAGCAGCAGCUGUCUUGGCCACGCUGGACAUUCUGCCCUGUUUGUGUGUGUGUGUGUGUAAAUGCCUUUGAGUGGGUGAGUUAGUGAGUGGGGUCAAAGUUUACAGGGACUUGAGAAAGGAAAGGCUGGAAUGCGGCUCUAGUGGGCACUGCUGCUUUUGAAAUAAUGACGUUUGAGUUUUAAUGUAAAGUAAACUACAUAGAGAGAAACAACAGGGAAAUACUUGAAUGGUAAUCCAAGCAGGUACUACUGUGAGUGGAACUAUUUGUCUCAUUACUCUCUAGUUUGCUGAGACCUGAUUGUUUGUGUGUACACCCAAGUGCAUGCAGAGGUAUGUAUUCUGCCCUCUGUACGGACAUGAUGAGUAAAAGCAACACCUGCUGCUAUCACAUGUCCUCAGCAUGUAAGACACUCGAAGAAUGUGCUAAAAUGGUAUUCAUUGACACCUACACUGGCUAAAGAGCCACCAAGUUUUCAUUCUGUUCACUGCAGACUUAUCAAAUUAGCAUUGUCUUGGAGGACUAAUAGGAAAUUUGGCAUUUCAACUAUGCAAAGACACAGAUUUUUUAAAAUCUGUUUUAUACUCAUUGGUCUUUUAAAAAUUUUCACAACUUUCUAUGGACUGAGUAAAAAUCAAAAUCAGUAGGUGUAGGCCAUACAUCGUGUGAAAGCUACUAUGGCGUUACAAUUGGUUAGUCAAAGGCUUUAAUAGGGCAUUUUGGCACCAUGUUCAUUUCCAUGAGCUAGAAUUUUGUAUUUGAAGAUGUAAAUACCUCUGGAAAAGAGUAAGAGGUGGCUAACAGUAAAGAUGUGCAGACUGUGCAUUUGUCUUGAUUAUGCACGAGUCAAUGACCUUUUCAGCCAUCUUUUUUUCUUAAAGAAUGGCGGUUUAUUUGAAGUGGAAGAUGACUUGAAGAACAGUUACAGUCUGUUGAAUGAGUGGACUUGACUUGCAUUUGGGUUAUAGAUCUACUUUCAAAGUCUGAACAGGGUCUUUGCUCCAGGGUCAAAGAUUAGUUUAUGACAGACAUCAAGCAGGUCAUGUUACUUGACUUAUUUUCAUCAUAGUAUAUCCAUGUAUCACUUCAACACAAUCAUGAAUGUUAAUUAAGUUAACUGAGGUGACAACUGGUUGACAGCUCGUGGCAUCAACCUCUCAAUCCCUGGGAUCACUGCCCUGAUCAUGUAUAUAGUGACAGCUUGGCAUGAUCGAAAUAGUUUUUAAAAAAUAUUCCCUCACAUUAAGAAAUGUACAACAGAAAAUAAUGCUGUUUUUUCAUGCCAAGCUGUAUCUUAAUUCUGCCAUUAAUGAGAAUUUUGUGAUACAAAGCAUUGUAAAAUUCCCUUUUUGGUCCCUCCAUGAUGUGGUGAUGGUUGCCUUUUGGUAUCACUUAAACUUUAAUACCAUUACAUUGAGAUUUUUCUUGUGUGGUAAGUUUAGAGUAAAACCUGUGACAUUUAAACUACUGGUCCUGUCCUGUAAGCAUUCAGGUAUGGCUGCCUGCUGAGCGGAAGAUGAUCUCCACCAUGACAUGUCUCUGCUGGGUGUGUUGGCAUGUGCUAAAUGUGACCCAUCUGAUCUGUAGCUCCUUUCUAUUGACAAUCUCAAAGUCAGCAGAAUUUUAAAUCAUGUUACAUCAUCGAUGUUACUGACGGGCCUGCGCCUUUACAGACAGCGUAGCUUCUGUGUAUCAGUCAAGAAGAGUACUGUUUAAAGACAGUUGUAUAAAAUCACAUGCUUGUCACAGUAGGUUGUGUUUUUUUUAAGGGGUCAACUGAUUACAGUUUUUCAAUGUCUGAUGGCCAAUACCAAUUAUGAGAGACAGCAGGUUGGCCGAUAUAAUAUGCCGAUAUCAGACUGUGCUUGUUUUUGUUGAUUUUUUUUUUUUGUUUGUUUUUAUACUGUUUUUUUUUUUUUACUAAAUACAUUAAUUUUAUUAUGCUGAGCUUGAGAGAGCAUUUUUAUUAAAGAAAUUUGAAAAAAAUAAAAUAUAAUAUAUUUUAAAAUAUUUGUAAAAUUUGUAAAAUAUCUGCCAAUAUUUGUAAAAUCUUGCCAUAAAGGACAUUUGGGUUUUUGUCUGCAAUUUGAAAUUGUUAUUCCACACGAUCUUUUUAAAGUCAAUAAAAACAGAGGCCAGUAAUUGUUUUUGAUUCAAUAUAUUAAUGAGAGACAAGAAAAUUGCAUCUUUAAUCAGACAAAGGAUAAUGGUGAUAUUGACCUUGUUAGAGUUGAUCUCAGUAUCAUGAUGAUUAUUUCAAAAUGCCACUAAAGAAUUUCUGCAUAUUUUGCAAGUCAAAUUAGAAAGAAAGAAAGAAAGAAAAACAUUUAAAAAAUAAAUAAAUAAAAACUGAUAUUGUCUUGUACUCAAGAUCACGAAUGAAAGAUAGACUCCUGUCAGUCAUAUGAGACUUCUUGAACCCUUGCCUCAUUUCUGUCGAAAUGUUCCUUGCCAAUACUUCCAUGCAUUCCCCCUACUUGAGUUUUGUCCUCCUUUUUAAAUUGUUUUGGGAACAUUUAAAAACUGCAGGGGAACAAUAAUGACAACAAAUCCUAAGAGGUUACAGUCACUUUCAUAGCUUUUCCUGACAAGAGUAACAGGGAAGAAGAGUGAGAGUUUGUUGUGCUAAACACACGCUAGGACGUGUAAUCAGAUACUGUGCGCAAUUUGUCUCUUUCUAAAAGUUUGACCAUGAUGAGAGGAUCCUAAUUUUGGAUCAGUUUAUCUUUAACAAAUAAACACAGUUCAGUGUCUCAGAAUCCACUUUUGAUGGUGUCAGCAGUUGUGGUUAAAGUAAUGUCCUCCUUAGGAAGACUGUUAGCAAAAAGCCAAGUGGGGCCAAACACUCAGUGAGUCAGAGUGUGGGAAGUCAUGAGUGUGUCACCAAGAAUGCCAACAUAUUUUCCUGAAGAGGAGGAUGUGUUUUCUGGAGGAAGAUUCAGUGAACAGUCUGGCUUUGGGUCUUUCUUUGGUCAAUUCAACACGUAUUUCAACUAUAUAAUGAAACCUGUGUGUGCAAAGACAGUUUCAGGAGUGAUUUGAUUCAAAAGGGUCAUUUUAAAAUUGCCUCCAUCCAUAUAAGCUUUUCUUAAACUGCGUGAGUUUUUAGGGUUUAAAGAACCUCCUUUGUAUUUCUUGGAAAUCUGUAAAUCUAGAUUUUUUGGAGGGGGUAUUGCUUUUGUGAACUUUGGCACAUCAUCAGUAAAUUCUUCGAAACCUCCUGUAAUCCUCUGACUUAUGAUUUACUGGCCUGUUCAGUCUGUUACAGAAUUAUUUUUUUGUGCUUUGUUGCAGAAAAGUACAUACAGUGUUGACUUUGACUUUUAUAACUACCCCCCUCCCCCAUGUUUGCGUCGUCAUCCACAUCCCUCCGCUCUGAGACCCCCACUGUGUUUCCUUUCGAAAUGAAUAAGGAGUCUGUCUAUUGUCUGUCUUCAAGAGCCUCCGGGCUGUUUAGUAACCACCGAUUUAACUUUAUAUUUCUACUAUACAACAGUCUACUGUGCUUUAAAUAUAGCAAAAAAACACAGAGUAUUUUGUGUCUGUACCAUUUUGUGGAAACCAGCUGUAACUUUCCAUAGUUUUUUUUUUUUAAGAGUAGAAACAGUGUUGUCUUAUCUUCGUAUCUGCAGGUACAAACCUGGACCUGUAACUAUAUUUGUUUUUGUGUGUGUGUUUUACCCAUUCCUCGACCACAUGUCCUUGACAUCUGGUGGCCAUUCCUCCGUUCGGCCCUCUGACGUUAACUCCACAAGCCAUGGGAACUGCUGUGUGUAGGUUGAUGUGGUGUGUGGAAAUACAUGUGUGUGACAGAGAGCGGGGUAGGGAGAGAGAAAAAGAGAGAGAGAUGACCUCAGGUUUGGACCAGAUGUUUCGUCAUCUGUGUACAAGCUUUGUAAUGUGUUCGCUCUGUGAGCCUCAUGAAAUCAGAAGUUCAAUUUAACCUUUAUGUGCGGUGGUUUUGUGGAGGAUAUGGUCUUUGUUUGGUCUUUAUUUUACAGGAAGUUGUUGUGAAUGAACUUUUUGUCAGAUUUGGUGUUCCUAUACAUUGACCUCUGUACACACUGCUUUUAUAUCAUGGUAACUUCGAAUCAUCAUGUCCCAUAAGAGUCACUAAUCCACAGUCUUUUCUGGGAGUCUCUGAGCUCCAUCAUUCCUGCUGCUUCAGCUACACGCAUCAGUCUCACCUCGAUUUAUCUCUUUAUUCUGCAAUGCAAGUACAACACUCAUGUGGUUGAAGAUGAUCUCCCAUGAUGAGGCUCAGCCUUAUCCCAGCUUUACAUUGAGUCUUUGUAAAUAGAGUCUAGACCAUAUUUUUUAAGCGUCUUGGGAUAACACUUGUUGUGAAUGGGCACUAUAUGUCACAUCUCUCAUUACCUGUUAAAAACUGCUUAGCCUAGCCUAGCAUGCCCCACAUAUGGGGACCAUGGUCGCUGCAGUGGUUUUGAGGCCAGGCCCCGACCAUAUGCUGCACGUCAUCCCCCCUCUGUCUCCCACAUUUCCUGUCUCUCUCCAUUGUCUAAAAAACAUUUUAAAAAAUUGCUUUAGAGUAUUAGAUAAAUACCCUCAAUGACAAAAUGGUACGGUUGCCUUUUCGUAUGAUCUUCAAACAAAAAGUUAACCCAAACAGUUUCUUGUUUGUCUUCAUAAGAUUUUGGUUAAUUUCAGGAUAUUGGAGGGAGUGAAAUGAAGGAAUGAACUGCAGGUAUUUCAGCUCCCUCCUUACUUGCAGAUUUGAUCCUUCCUUUGACUAAGAUGGCUUUUACACAUGCAGAAAACUUUGUGAAAGUUUCAGACAGAGUUCAUUUUGAAUCAUCUGAAUCAUCCCUGCUGGUCAUCUAUUGAAAUUUCAGAGUGAACUCAGGGUGACAUGUAAACACAUGACUUUUAUAUCUUUCAACUAGUUCAAUCCCUGAGAAGUGACAUGUAAAAGGAUGAAUAAGAAUAUGAGGUUCCUUUUCAAGACUCUGCUCCACCCUUUUUGAUUUUCACUGCCCUUCAUGCCCGUCUCUUCUUCGAAAUCCUGUCCCUCAUAACUCUUAGUCUAGAUCUGUUUCUGUCUUCAAGAUGCGGUCUUGUGUGCAUCCACAUUUUGGGGUUUUACCCUGUUGAUAUAUUUAGCUAACUGAAAACAUCCCCAGGAACGAUCAUCCUGUCCCAAAUGAGAGAGAAAGAGAGAGAGAGAGAGAGACAGAGAGAGAGAUAAAGCCACAUACACAUCCAUGGUCUCUCAUGCCCUUUGGCCUCAAACAAGCUUGUCCUGGGGUCCUCUCUGUUUAUAUUCCCAUGCAUAUUCGUCAUAGGAAAUUCAAAGGCAGUGACUCCUCCCUGACCCAGUUUGGUUUAGAUAUAUAUUUCCUAUUUCUAACCUUCUUGUCACACAGCCUCACCCUCUUAUCAUCAGCUGUCUUCAUUUUUAUGCAAAAUUAAGUUUCGUCGACUCUAGAGUGAGUUCAGCCACAGUGCUUUCAAGCUCUGAGACCUAAUCCUUCCCUUUUAGAUAGCCUGUGUAGACCCUGACCCUCUGAACCUGUGAUAAGCUCCGACCUCCGACCCCUCUAAUACUCCACUUCCCUCCGUCAUCUUUCUCUCCUUGGACUCAGUGAAGUGGAUGUUUGCUGGCGCUUUAACGCAGGAAUAACACAUUAUUUAGUUUUUUUUUCCAUUUCUGUUUCUUUUUGUUAAAUAUAGUUAAAGGAACCUGAAUUAUCACUUCUUUGAUAACAUGAGGUGGAAUUUCUCUCAUUGGUUUACUUUAUUGAUUAUCAUAUUAACCAUCUCUGAUCUUUCAAUUUAAACUAAGUUAGACAGCCUCCCACAUAUAUGAACAUCCAGCGUCUGCUCAGCUUUGAUUGUUCACAUAAAAACCUCAAGUCCCAAAGGACUCUUUAAUGCAAUUGGUGUGUAUAAACACUGAAUGAUUUAAUCAAUACAGCACUGUAUAUUACUGCUUCUACAUACUCAUCUUUUUCUCACUGUCUCUAACAUUAAAAAGAACUAAAAAUCUUAUUUUUCAAAAUGACAUACAGGGAGGUAUGAUUUGUUUUUUUCUCAUUUUCUUCUGAUUUUUGUCUCCUAGGAGAAGCGAAAACGGCAAACAGAGAUUGAAGACAAAAGAAGCCAGCUCGAUGACCUGGUGCUACAAGUGCAGCAUCUCAAGGUUGGUUUUUGUUUUGUUUGAGAGUCCGUUUGUGUGUCCAUGUGUAUUUCUGAUACAGACUUCUAAUGAGACUUUCAGCCCAUUACUUAUUCAUAGAGGUGAGUUUCAGGGUUGAACAAAGUCAGAGUAAAAGUGAAGGUAAAGUAGCAUUUAGGUUACAAACACAAGCAAGUGAUUCAAAAACCAAUGAUGAUCCCAUGACGGCUUCACCAAUGCACAUGUUAAAUCAAAGCAAUCCAUGAGUGUUUCUUUUUUAACAAAAGUUUUGCCUUGAGACGAAGCAUCAGAUGUACACCACUUUGCUUUCUCCAUACGAUACGAUACACUUUAUUGUCUUCUCAGGGAAAUUUGUCUUGGACUCCCAGAGCUGCACAGAUAAAGCUGCCAACUUAUGACACAAAGUACUAGACCUAACAAAGACACAGUCACACACUGCACAUACCCAUAUUGCACAUAUCCAUUCUCCUUUUACACCCACUAGCAGGAGAUUUUAGUCGCCCAUAUGCAUGGGUAAUUGUGUCGGGUGGACAGGUAGUGGUCCAACACCACUCUCAGAGCUCCUGGUGUGCAGGCCCGUUUGAGCAGUUUAGCCUAGCCAAGCAGGGCAGGCUUGGCUGUUUUCUUCUCUGCAGAAAAAACACUCAACUCCAAACACACAUAAACAUAUCCCCUUAAUAAUCACUGCCAGCAGCUACUGGUAAGCCAAGAUUUUGUUUCAAGCAAACAUUGAUUUGACGUUCAAAUAGUGAGUACUGUGUAAACACUAUACAAAAUGCUGACAGAUUGUGAGACUGAAGAGAUGGAUAGGUUUCAGUGAUCAGAUCCUCAUGUGUUCCUCUUUGGCCUCACACACAAACUCAGAAAGUAUAACUAACACUGUCUGGAGAGGACUAGCCAAAAUCUUAUACAUGAUGAAAAUUGUAAUCAAAAUCUUCUUUCUUGAUAAGGAAAACUUUGAUUUCAGCUCUGGUUCACCAAAUAUUUGUUAUCAGCAGUGAAAAAUGAAACCCCAACUUAAAUUCUUAGAUGUGAUGAAAAAGAUCAUCCUAAAUAUAAAAAAUCUAAUACUUUUUUCAUUCUACAAUGUAUAAGGUUAUGAAGAGUUUUUGUUGUUGUUGUUGUUGUUUUUCUGGAAAGCUGAAGCCGUAAAAGCUGCACGUACUGUAUGCAGUGUGGGUGGGUAAAUAACUGUGCGUGGGUACCCAUUAUUCUUCAAAUAGCUAUGGUAGCAAGUUUUUAAUAUUUGCCGUAAAAAUACAUUCCACUCUCCAAUUAGAGACUUUAAGCACAUUUGGCAUGGAUUAUUUUGAAUAACUUAAUUUACUACUUUUGUGUGUGCUUUCCUUUGCCCACUUCCAUAAGCCCACUUAUGGAAAAAAAUAAUCAACCCAAGAGAAAGAGUAAUCAAACCCAUAUGCACUGGCAAUUAAAGCAACAAUCCAGCACAGUUCGAACAUUAAUGAUGCUGUUGUCCAUAUUUUUGUUAAUAGUUUGGGUUCAACGGAAAAACCCUUAAAAGUAAUCCAAGCCUCAGUGAUCAUGAAAGGAAACAGACUAAUUUGACUCUUUUCUCUUUUCUGUUCUUGUACACCUUUUUUUAAAUUUCCAUUUGAACCAUCCUUAGUUGCUCUUCGUGUGCAGUGCAUAGAGUUAACUAAUAUGCUGUACCACUAAAAUGAUGCAACAAAAGCUUACCAUUUCUCCCCAGACAACCUUUUUGUUUUAAACAAAGUUUCCUUGUUUUAUGUCUUUGUAAAUGCAAUGAAAGGAAGUGAGGGGAAAAAAGAUGGAUCCAGGCUGUUUGUGGACAGCCUCAAUUAGGGCUGGGCGAUAAAUCGAAAAUUUAUAGAUACCGAAAUUUACGACAAUAACUGAUGUCAUUUUGCCCAUAUCAGUAACUCAGUGUUAAAAAAGUAAAUAAAUAAAAGUUGGUUUUGGAUGUGUGUAGGUAGGCUAUGGUCUCAUGUUCCCUUUGGACGCUGUCCUAUGACGGAGACGUGACUCCACCCCAUUCAGUAACAAAGAGAGAAAGACAGGUGAGAAGAUGGAGGACGGUUCAAAGGUUGUAGCGGCUAGCGGCUGAAGUAGACAAAGUUAAUGUGGGAGGGGGUGAGCAGCUUAUAGAGUAGUUAUCGAGGUGUUUAUCGAUAUAUCGUGAUAUUGAUUUGAGGCCAUAUCGCCCAGCCCUAGCCUCAAUCCUUAGGGAAGCAAGGUGUCCCACUUGGUGUCUUAGCUUUCUUCUGCUGCAUAGAAAAGGACAAAACUGUACUUUUAUGCUUUUACUUGACAACCAAAAGGUGAAAAAUGAAAGAAAAGACACCUGCAGGUCUAGAAUGUUAAAAUCAGAAGGAGAUGACUGUGUCCUAUUUUCUUUUUCUUCCUUAUAUCCACAAAAAGGACUGAAAGCGCAGAACUGACAUCGCUAUCACCCUCUGAUAAUCAGGGAGCCCCUACAGAGCCUGUUUUUAUGACGUCUGUCUUGCAUACAACACAAGCAGGCUUGAAAUCCAGAUACUAUCAGCAUCCAGUCACACAGGCCCAUUUAAUGGCCAUUACCUCUGAGAGCCACACAGCCAGGAAGCAUGAAGCUGCUUUUGUAGUCCUCUCUCCUGAGACUUAAGAGGAAAUGGAGACUGGAGCCCAGAGAUUUGAUAAGGACCCCUUUGCUUCUUGAUGCAAGUGUCUCAGAAUGGAGGCGUUGAUCUGAGUCUGGGACAGGGUAAACAUCACAGUGGUUUUAGACUCCAGUUAACCUUACCCUGCACUUUCUGCUCAAACCUGAAGACCUGGUUGAUUUUCUCUCCUGAAGCUGUAUAGUUCAGGACCUAAUGCCUGGUCAGCUCUAAACCGGUUAUUCCCUUCUCUGGUGAAUAGCAUAUACUUUUUGAGCAGUCCCAUACCUCCCUUUUAAGGAAGCUCAGAGUGGUUGUGUGUCACGGCGAAACAGGAAAUGGAAAGUCUAUUAAACAGCGUGGGAGAGAGCAGAGAGCGUGGCUGGUUCUCACAGCACUGCUCAAUUAUCCUUCACAGUUUUAUCCACCGAUGCUUUGUUAACUACUAAAGCAGUUCAGACGACUUUAUUUAUGUGUAAUAAUAUCUUCCUGUACAGCAUUACUUUGAUAUACUUCCACAGGGAGGACAAAGUAUGGAGCAGGCUGGAUGACUGACAUAUUUAAACAACAAGCUGUGGUUGUAUGCUUCAACUUUAGGUCUACAUUUUCGUGUUUUCUUACUUUUAUGUAAACUAGAAAAUCAUAUUUGAUUUUUUUAUUUAUUGAAAUGGGAUGUAACAAAGCUCCAGUAUGAGGGUCUUUUUCCAAUCCUGUUAGUAGGGGAGACCGAGGCUUGUUGUCACACUUUUUACACUUUUAUGUAUUUCUUGGAAUCGAUACAUCAUGUAUAAACAAAAUGUGUACCAAAUGAAAGACCAAAGUCUCAGGUAUAUAUUUCGUAUUCAUGUCAUUUUUAAAUUUUGUGUCGGUUCAGAGUUAUGAACAAUCAAUUGAGAGUGUGAACAUGUGACAUGUUGCCCCUCCAUUGGUAAGUUGUCUCACUACAUGGGAUAAGACGUCACAGUGGAUUUUGCAGCUAAUAAUACAAGGAGAAAAUUAUUGUUCUAUUUUUUUUUUUACUUGAAAGUGAACAUCAAAGUCAGGCACAGAAAAUGUUUAUCGUUGAGCUAGAAAAAGUUAUUGAACAAUUGUUAACAUAAAAUAUUAUGCAACAUGCUCUGGAGUUUGGAGAACUGUCUGACUCUGUAUUCCAGCUGGGAUGAAUGUUUUACAGUACCGAGCCAAGGUGUGGUAGUUGACAUUAAAGACCUUUAUUGUACUCCAGAUUGAUUCAUUAGCCAGGGUCACCUGCCUGACUGCUCACUUUCUCCUCUCUUUUAAACCACUCUUUUCUCUGUAAAAAUAGUCAAAUUUUCAAUAUGACAACUGCUGAUAAGCAGACUCUCUAUGUUAAUUUUAAUCCCUUUUAAACAUGUGACAACUAACCCCAAAAGGACUGAGACAUGUUGCCCCAAACUAGCAUGUUUGCUAAUUAAAGCUUUAUCUUAAAGUUAGUUUAAAUCAGAACAAUGACUGAGCUAUGACAGGAUGCCUUAAUCUCUCCUCUAACAAGUCCACAUGUAUCACUGCUAAGAUUUUUAUCUGGAAGAAGCUUAUUUUAAAAUAUAUCAAGUUUUUUUUUUUUUUUACUUUGGGUUGUGUAAAAUGGUUAAUUGACACAAUGUGCUCUUCUCUUCUCAGACAGGACACGACCCUUGACCAUUUAAGGGAAUAAAACUGAUAUUCCACUUUUUAGUUGCGCCCUCUGGUGGCAAAGAUAAUUGCGAUGUGACAACUUACCCAUGUUACGACAAGCCCCGGUCUCCCCUAUUGCAGAGAAAACAAAGUAAUAUCUUAACUCUGACAUGGUGAUAAAGGGAGCUUGGCUUUCAUUCAGAUAUAUCUGGCCGUCAACUUUCAAAAUAAGAUGUGUGAUUUAUGCGACCUCAGCUCAACAAUGUGGGUGUGCGGCAGUCACACGUAGACGCAUUAAUAAACAAAGAGCCUCAGCAGGAGGCAAAAUGCUUCGGAGUCAUUUCUGUCGAGCUCACUGUGUGGUGUGUGUCAGUUUGUGUUUAUAUGCAGACACUCAUUCUGUUAAUUGUCAGCUCCGCUGCGCCCUGAGCUAUGGUUUGACAGUAAACAACCAAAGGUGAAGCUCAGUGUUCCCGCUGGACUCUGUUAUGGUAACAAAACAGAGAUCCAGACAGAGAGGAAACAUUGGUGACAUUAAAAAAGACAUCUGGCAUUUAUCUCAAAAACAUUAGAGAAAAACAGAAAACCCCUACCUGCUGAAAUGAUUGGCACUUUCACCUCUAUUUAGGACUAAUUCUGUCUUAUUUUGCGGUCAGAUAUUUGAAGGCAGAGCUGCAAACAGAAGUGCUGAAAAGAAAGAAUAAACAAAGUAGUUAAUGCAAGUGAGUUAUUUAUAUUUAGAGAGGUGGAACAGCUCAAACAAUCAUAUCAUUCCUGGUGAGACAGACAUUUUGGCGUGUCUUAAGGCAGCAGCUGUAUCACAGAUGUAGUGUAUUCAAACUUCAAUGUUUUCCUCUUCCAAAGCAUCUGACCCCUGAGGUCUGUUUGUGAAACAAAAACUACAAUCUGUCUCAUCACACAGCAGCAACACGAUCAAAGAGUAUAAUCCUUGAGUACAGGAGAGAAGAUGAAAACAUGAAUUUAAGAAAAAACAAAGAUUAGACUCUCCUCAGGCAUGAAGUCUGACUUGUUUGUUUGGGGAAAUUAUUUAAGAUCAGUAAAAGAUUCAGUGAACAGCUUGAAACCUGAUGGGGACUAUUUGCUGUAGCUCCCUUGGACUGAGGCGAUUCAUAAGAGAUCUGCUGCGAGUGGGACCGAGUUUUUCGGCUAAGUUUAGAUUCAAUCUGUGUGCAUGUGUGGGCCUCUAUUUAUUUGUUGUAGCUGUGCUUGGCAGUCAUCUCACAACUCUCUCUCAAAUAGUCUCCAUUAUAGAGGUCCUCUGGCUGUUAGUAAUAUCUAAGAAUAUCUCAGCUUGCAUAGAAAAGACGGGCUAUUUGAAGGCCGCUGUGAUGUCGCUGAAGAUUUUUGCAAGCUGUAUCGUAAUGACCCAAAUAAAUCUCACAAAGGAUUACAGCAGUUCGAAAGCAUGAUGUUAACAGUGUGUACAAUACAAAACAAUGCAACUGUCCAAAAGUGUUGUCGAAUGCUUUUAUCUAAGAAUGUGUUUGGAGGGUAAAAACAAUCACUGUUUGAUAGCAUGUGAUUCAUCCUGUCUGUGCUGUAUUCCUUUAGAAAUGAUCAUACUUUUUAAAGUACCUCUGCUAAAUGUGUGUAUUUCCUCUCUUUAGUCCAAAGCCAUGCGUGAGCGAUGGCUCCUCCAGGGAAUGGGAGUGGAGGAAGAGGAGGCACGGCGGAAACAGCUGGAACAGGAUGAAGAGCAGGGGAAGAGACUAGAAGACCUCAUACAGAGGUACGGCCAUGGAAGACACACUGACACAUGUAUGAGGCUUUGUUUAGUUUUCAUGCAGAUCUGCUUCGACAUCUGGACCAAGAACUAGCAGACUAAUGUUACUACACAUCUGCUUUCUUUUUUAAUUUUAUGGAGUCUUUCAUUUUUGACAAAAUUGCAAAUCACAAACUGUCCGACUUUGUUCAUAUCCUACUCAUGUGGUCUCUAUUAGGAAAAACUUGGUGCAAAUCUUAACACCUUUUUCUCCAGUUUUCUAUUCAUUUAAAAUACACACAGUACUUGUUCUCACUCAUAUAAUUUGCAAAAUCAAUACAAAUGUAGAACUGUUAAACAAAGCAUACACAUUAUGAGGUGUUUGUGGUUGAAUCUGGUUCGUAAAAACUGAGGCUGAGUGAAGUAUACUUGGUGAGAAGUCAAAAGUUAUACUUGCAAAACAAUGACGUCACGCCUAGAAAGAACAGAGUAGGAGUAGUAGUAGGAACGGUACAAAGUCUGACGUAAAUUGAUGCUAAUGGCACAAAAUACAACGUCUAAGGCUGUGUGAGUCAAAUAAGUGUGGAAAAAAACAGCAAUAUCCCACCAAACAUCUGACGUCGAAGAGACGUGCAGAUCAAGUCAGUAUUGGGUCGGUCUGUCAAAGACCACAGCUAGACGUCAAAAUAGGUUAGAAAUUUCGACGUCCAAAUUGGACUUUUUUAGACGUUGCUCUGAUGUUUAGAAUUUGGACGUCAUCUGAAGACCAAAUCUAGACGUCGGCACAACGUGCAAAAUGGAUCCAAGAUUUAGACGCCAUUAUUGGACCUCUUUUAGACGUUGAAAUGACGUUCACAUUUGUACUUCAUCGUCGAAAAAUACGUUAAAUAGUUGUCAUUUCGACGUCGCAUUGCACAGUGGGACGCUUAGAUAUGCCUUGAUUUAUCAUGUCCUACACUUGUCCUAUGUUAACAUUAGCACAAAGCAUGCAGACCUGGCUUAACACAAGACUAUUUAACUGACUUAAGAUUUAAAUGUGAAAGAAUAUUGUGCAAAUAAAUUCUUUUCCGGUCCAUUUGAUGGUGCUGGACCGAGGUCUGAAGUUUUAACAAGCAACUUAACUCAACAAAGAAAACCUGUAGAGGUCUACUUAUUGUUCCACACAGGAAUUGAUAAGAGACUUGUGUAAAUGUUUCAUAGGCAUGGCUGUGAAGUAUCCCGUUUGGGUCGGGAAACUACCAUAUUUUACCCCUCUUUCCCGCCGUAUUCCUGUAUCAGUAUUCUCACGGAAAUCUCCUAUAUUAUAAUAUAUGUAUAAAAAAAAAACAUUAUUCUGCGUCUCCAAACUGAACUCGCGCGCUAAGAACCCACCAACUAGGCUAGCAGUGAGAUAUCAUCUGUGAUCACACAGACGAUGAACCAAACCCCCCACAACCAAAUUUUGACAGGUAUAUUCAUAGGUUUGAUUUUGAUUGUACUUUUCAUCUCAAUGAAUAUAUUGGUUGUGUUUCGUAUUGUCCAAAAACAGCCACACUUCAGCUGACCACUCAUAUGGAUUUGAUAUUUUCUUCCACCACCAUCAUCAAUGCACCACCACAUUAAAACAUGAUUUUCAAAAAGUUUACAUUUGAUGCCGUCAAGUACUGGGACACUUUUAGCUCCAAUGCAGCUCAAGAGCUAUCGAGUAAUAUCAAGCUUCGAAAACAUCAACAAUGGGAUUCUUUGGACAUAACAGCCAAAUUUGAAGGAUCAAAAAGAGAGUCCAAGUAUAGAGCUAUUUGUGUGACUGUUGGUGCGCAUAACACACACACACACACACACACACACACACUCUUACACACACAGUGUAAAUGGAGAGGCAGUGGGGGUAGGAGAUUCUUCGGGGCAGCUCUGGAAUCUAGCAGCUCUGUAACCUUAGCUCAAAAUCUACAUUUUUUUUUUCACUCACUGGUGUGAAAACAAACACCAAGAGCUAUGUAUACACACACUUCUCCAAAAACAGAUAACAAGAGCUCACAAGAAAUGAAGAGAGAGACGAAAAGAAUUAAAAGCCAUGACAGAAAAUAAGAGAUAGAAAAGUGAAGCGAGGUAUGAUUGUUGGAGGGAGAAAAUUAGAUACUGAGAAGACAAAGAGCAGAGAAAGAGAGAGUGAUGUUAUUCCGUGGGCACUUCCUGUAUUUGUGUCUUUAGGAGGAGCUUCCUGAUUCCCAUCAAGCACUGCUGUGGGAUAGUCUCUUAUUCCCCAAUGAAGUUGGGGCAUGAGAUCACCAAUGCUAUGAAUAAAGUGCCUGCCAGCUCCUGUCAUCAUCAUGCCUUGUAUUCUUGGCCCAGAGUUUUUCCACUGGCAGGGUAUGAGGAUUGGGUACGGCCUCUUAUUUUUCACUUUAUGCGAUUUUCAGGAGUCGUUCACAGGCAACACAUAGGAGAAAAACGCAUCGGAGUGUUACUGAGGUGAUGAAUUAACAGUGAAAGUUGUAUUGUGACCACUCUGCAUAUUUGGAACCAUAGUGAAAGUGCAUCAUUCCUCUGCUCUGGGGGAGUGGUGGCCAUUUGGCAGGCAUAUUUUCCCCAGACACAGACGGGACUGUAAAAUAUCUUCCAUUCCCAUACUUCUCUUGCUAUGUUUUCAGGCAAGAAAAAAAGUGAAAACAGAGUCAAAAGUAAGAGAAACUGAUGGCACCAUUGGACAGAAAGUUAAGGAAAGAUAGAAAAGAGGCAAGAUAGGAACUUCUGUCAGUAUCAAGCAUUUGGAACAAAGCUACAACUUAUCAUCCGACAUGCUAUGCUGGCUCAUUUUUUUGCAGAGUGUGCAAAAUAAAUCAGCAAAUGAAGAGGCUCUGGGUCACUUUAACAUCCGUGAGUCCAGCUCCAGCUCCACCUCCUCAUCCAUCAAAUCUGAGCAUGAAAGAGACUCUGUUGGCCGGUAGCUACUGUAGCUUAUCACCCGCGCUGAAACAACAUCAACACCGCGCGUUGUCACGAAACCGGGAUAACAUUAGAUGUGUAUAAACAGAACAGCAGUGAAUGCUCAAAGAGAGGGCAUUGUAGGCCAAAGUACAGUUGUGAUUGUGGAGCCGAUCCGUGUGAAUCAGCUCAUUCAGCAGCUGUUGAAUAGACUUGUUGUCUGACACGCUUUCGAAGUGCAGAUAUUAAAGUCUGCGGUUUUAAUUACUUAGAAAAGCAAUUAAAACCGCAACGAUAAUUCUUCACUGUGCCGCUUCAGAGCAUGUGUUUUUGUCGGCGAUGGAGCUUCAUUUAGGUCCUCGAUGUGCCAACACAAAGGAAGACAGAGCUGCAUCACUGCCAGAACAUUGAAGUCGCAGAAUUGGUACUUCACUGCAGAAGAUCAGAAAUUAUUUCCAAGACUGAAUUUUUCAGGCAUAUUAAAAGCCUGUCCUUGUUUUGGACUUAACUCCUGUUGAUCUUGCAUGAGAAGAGACAUAACAUCAGUGAUCAUCCUAACAAGCGACGAGUUCGUUUCCAUUUUCAGAAUAUCAGAUCAGAACAGAAUCAGAUCAGUCCAACAGCUUUUUGCAUGUCUGGAUGUUAUUUACACCAGGGUCGCAGAUGUGUGCUUGUAAUAAAGAGGAGCUCAGCUGUGCAGGUUUUAAUCCUCAAAGCUUCAUAAAUCGGAUCAAAUGGAUGAAAUAAAGUCAUAAGGCACAUGACUGUGAAUCCAAAAUGCAAAACUUUAAACCCGUUAUCAACUUUUUUUUACUAAAUUACAUCCAAUUGUGGAAAUUUUUAUGAGAAACUUUUAACAAUUGUCUCUUUGGUUACGGUGUCAUGCUGUGAAACAGGAGAUAUCUCCAUUUAGAUGUUUGAGAGGGAAGAACAUUGAUACAUGGCCCGCGACAGUGUCUAUGCGCUCACUUCAGCCAGAGGGUGUGGCAUCUAUAUUUACACUCUGUGGGACACCAUCCCAGAAUAUCCUGUAACCCAGGCAACCGGAGUCUUUCCAACACUGAUAGGGACAGGGGUGAAUAGUUGGAAUGGAUAUGGACAGUAAUCUGUGUGUGUGUGUAAGUGUAUGAGUGACAGAGAAAGUAAGAGACUGAAGCUGUAAUCAUGAGUAAACCUGGAAACUACACCCACCUCCACCUAUAAAAAACGCUCAGGAGGCCAAACAUCUUGUUCGCCACAGUUUUAUGGUUGCUAGACUAAUGGCACAUGCACCAGCGGACGCUUAAAUGACAGACAGUGACAAAGACGAAGCAGCGGCUCUUUUAUACACGCUCAUUUCAUGCACCGAAGAACACAUAAACAAGAGUGGGAACAAAAAGAGGAACAGCUGUUUGUGUCUUAUCAGAAGAAGUGCAGUGGUGCUGACUUUAGUGGAGGUACGGAAAACGCAAAAGAUGGAAGAUGCAUGCCGUCAGGUGAUACGAUCUUUUAGGGAAAAUUCAUUUGAUAGAAGAAAAAAGAGAGGGAGAAAAAAAGGAGAAAGAAAAAGUCAAGAGAGGGACUGUUGUGCGCUUGCUCUCCUGUUCGGGAACACAUGAAGCAACAGAGCAAUGGAAGAAAUAGCAGCCAUUGACAGAGCACAGUUUAGUACAGAGUCUGGAGAACAAACAUGCAGUAAGAGACAGAAUAAGAGUGUGUGGCAGCAGCAGUGGUACUUUUACAGAUAUCCCUAUCAUUACGUGGACAGGCUGAAUAAACAGACAGGAGAAUACAGCAGCAAAGAGUCCUUUCACAACGUGGUGCUGUCUCGACCUACCCAGACUGAUUUACUUUUAGGAAGUCGCUUGAUUUAUGUCGCACAGACUGUCCAAUGUCGAUGUGGCCUUUAUUGUAGGGAAGAAGAGGGUUUCUUUCAGUUUUUCCAACCUCUGAAAGCAAAAGUGACUCAACGAAUACAGAGCAUUUAGAUAAACUGUUGCAACACAAGUCAAUAUGAUGCUCUAUAUAUACAUUAUAUAAAGUUAGUGGAUGUUUUUUGAGAGACUGUUAGCUUGGGAUGAAGCAGGUUGCUCUGUUACAAGCAGGGACCAAAUUCGCGUUUAAGGGCUGAGCUAUUACAUGGCAAAAUUAGGGCUGUAAUCAACCAAAGAAAUUCUUAGUCGACUAAAACCCUGAAAUUUUUUACCAAAUAUCAACUUAUCGGGUGGUGUUGGGGUGUAAAGGUUAGAGUUAGGUGGGUUGGGUGAAUCCAAAAUGGUGAAAACAAGGGGGGUGUUCUGAGACAGGCUCUAAAAACACCUCAUCAACACUUGACACGUUCCUCCUGAUGAAAUUAACCAUAGACUGUAAAUUGACGUGAAAAAAAAAGAAUCGACCGAUCAGAAUUUUGGUCGACUCAGCAUUUAUCGACCAAUAAGUCGACCAGUCCACUAGGACUGUACAGCCCUAGUAAAACCACAACAGCACCGUCUAGACCAAACCCAGUAUCUGUGUCUGUCCACUGAUUCAUUAAAAGUCCCUCUUCAACAUGUUACUGCUGAGACAACCAUGUAUCUUAGAUUUUAAUGUGCAUGGGAAAAUGAAUAUGUACAUGAAUUUCUGUAAUGUAUAUAUAGUAUGAACCACAAUAUCAUCCAUGUUCAUCAUUCUGGAUGAGAAUGCCGCAGCCUGUUUGCUUAUAUGUUUUUAUGCUAAGCUAAGCUAACCAGUUGCUGGUCGUAGCUCUAUAAUGUAUCAAUUGUUUCAUCUUACACUCUAAAGGAAAGAUAGUGGGUGGUUUUCCCAAAAUAUCAAACAAUCUCAAUUAAUCAGUAGCAUUUACUUACAUGACUACAUAGAAAGUGUUUUUCUUUGGGUCUGUUCAUGCAGGCUUCAUGGACCAAGACUGUUACUCUUAAUUCUACCACCACACACUGACCUCAUCCCUCUGACGGAUAGAUCAAUAACGCUCCAUCUAAUUCUUUCUAACCAUCAAUCAAUUACCAGACCAGAAAACCUCUAAACUGUGCUGAGGAAGCAAAUGGAGUUUGCAGGAUGGAUGGAGCCCAGCAGGCGGUCUGGCUACAGCAAACUGUACUUACUGCAACAGGCCCAUUGAAGUGCUCAUAUCAUGUUACAUAAUGUUCUUAAGAUAUUUGUCUUUUGCCAUGCUGUGACUGCAUGAGAGUUUGGAUCAGAUUAUUUUCCUGUAAUCAAGUUUUCCUUCCCUGAUUUCUGAGCUCAUCAGAUUUUAGGAAGUACCUCUUGAGCUGAGUUGAACUAAAAUGAAAAACAAGUAAAAGUCCAGAGUCAGUCACUUAAUGUGACACAGUCAGAUUUAGACUAGAAUUAAAAUCCCAACACAGCUUUGAUUCAUUUUUGACAUUUACGCUAGAUAAAAUCUGAUCUGAUACGGAUAGUGUCCCAGAAUCUGCCCCAGUUAUUUGUCUGACAAAAAAAAAAAAAACAUGUUACGUGUUUUAGACUCCUUUUUUAGUUGAUCAAACAGCCUUGGACUUAAAGCCUUCACACUUUCUUUUAUUCAAAGUCACAACAAUGCCAAAUAAAAAAACUUAAUCGAUGAAAGAUACAUAAACUUUUUCUGUCAAACUCAUUCAAUUUUUGCAGUAAUAGCUUGAAAUUGGAUGGUUCCCCUGAAGGUCCAUUAAGCUGAGGUAAAUUACUUUUUUGGUCAUGUUGGAGUUUUAUGCUCUCAAGAUUUACAAUUUUUAUGUGUGCAAUGUGUCUGUCCCUGACAAAUUAAGCAAAAUUAUCGAAUAAACAUCAUUGUGGCAUUGUCUGGAGCAGUUUGCACACUUCUUCAAAGAGAUCUGAAAUGAUUGAUAAGAGAUAAAUCUGUUACCAGUCAUUGUGAUAGUGUGAACAGUUUGUUACACUGAAAACUGGAAAUUUAUUUACUGUUUGUCAGACAAAGCAAAACAUUUCAAGAAUUUGUGUGAACUUGAUGAGGUAAAAAUCUGAGUUGCAGCUCGUGUUUGUAACUUACUAUAAGUUUAUUAUCAAAAUUAUCCUUGUGUGUGAAAGUGCUGCUUAAAGCCCCAGUAGGGAGUUUUUGUUCAAAAAAUUUUGAAAACUUUAUUUUGAUAGUCCACAUAUUGACACUUAACACGCCAUCAGUAGAUAUGUAGUUGAAUGUGAACAGCAUUGUAGCAUUGUAUAUUGUAGCAUUGUAUAUGCAGCAUCAAUGAACACGUCUAUUUUCAUACACAAGGCGCACCGGAUUAUAAAGCGCAUAAAGCCAAACAAAACAGUCAGAUAAGUCAAACUUUAUUUAACUUAUUCAAUAACUCCGCGAGGCUACACAAGCUGCAGUGCUCCGACAAGCCAAAAGGAUUUUAAAUGCACCUUAUAGUGCUACCUACCUACCUACCUACCUACCUACCUACAAACAAACAAAUAUCGCUUGUGUGCGAUAUGUUGCUGACUGUAUUCAUGGAGUAUUGGGGUGCUUGGAUUAAUAUCCGUUAUGAUUGUGCUGUCGUGUUUUCUACAACACAGCCUGUACUUUGUCUUUUGCACCUUUAAACUGUAAACAAUGGUGAAUAUGAAGACCAGGGACAGACACAGAGAGUGAUAUAUAAAUACAAUCUGUCUUCAGUGCUCUGUGUGAAUUUUUGCCAAGGACAGUUAAUCAUUCAUGACAAAACAUCCUGUUUACAAUCUGGGGGACAGACCCUAUUCAGUCAAAGUUUUAAUGUUUCACUUCCAGGUCACUCUAUCCAAACACAAAAGGACAUGGCACUGGUAUUAAAUAGGGGGUGCAUUAAAAUACAAGGACAGACCGACUUUAAUUGUAGCUCAAAAAGUGUUCAAUUGUACACUCAAGCAUCUUGUGGCCAAAGCAAGUACUACAACAACAAACAUUUCAUACUUUAAAGAUAUCAGCUCAGACUUGGAACAUCAUUUUUACAUUGUAGUUGUUGUUGUUUUUCAAUUGUCUCCCAAAACCUCCAUACAGUUAAUCACUCAGGACUGAAGCAUGAUCACUCUGAUUAAUGUAUGACAGAUAGGAAUCUGUACCAAUAAUGAUGGGCUAGUAUGUACUGUAUAGGAAGAUUAUUGAAGACAGGAUGAAGCUUUUAUAAACAGCUUUAACUUUUGAUUCUCAAGGUUGUUUAUCUAGACUUUUUUAUUGUUCAGUAUAAGUUGAUAAAUUUAUAAUGUAGUGUGCUACAUUAAAUUGUAAGUUUCCCUCUUACAUGUAUAUUAUGCAUUAUAUAUCAGUGUAUACCAUCUUUUCAGUUAUUAUUAAACAAAGAGUAUGAUAUGAACCUACUCUUUUUGUAAAGCAUCUUGGGAUAACAGUGAUUAUAAUUUGGCACUAGACUGUGAGAGUGAUUGAUUUCCAAUAAAUACUUUAUACAAUUCACAAAGGAGUUGUUGACAAAUAUGUCAAUAACAAUAAAAUUUGCCUAUAACUAGAUUCUCAUACGCUACAAACGAUCUAUUUCAAUUGUACAUACUCUUCGCAUUUGCAGUAUUUUCAUUUGCACUCCUCGAAUUGUAGAAUUUUAAGAAAAAAAAAUCAAAUAAAUUUAAAGUCCCUGUUGUUGUUGAAAGUGUGCAGUAACAAGAAUCCAGGAGUCUAGAGAGCAGCUCUGUUCAUUUCACACAGACAGUAUCCUGCGUACAUAAACACGGUGUGGUUAGACUUCCUUUUCAAAGUCCAUCUUCGUAUGGUUCACAGUCUGUGCGCACAAAAAGCACACACACAUGCGGCACACAAACCAGAUGUCUGUUUUUCCUCCUCCUGUAUGAUGUGGAAAGCAGUCGCUGCCCACCCAGGGGUAUCCAUGGCAACCGGCCUGUGGUUGGCUGACAGGGUGGGACAGUGACAUCACUUGUGUCUAUCUGGAUUGCCACAGAGAUAGUGGCGCUGCCAGACUGCGAAGUAUAUAGAGAAGUAAAGGGGAGGGAAGGACAGUGUGAGGUCAUGGUCACAUUUCUCUUUCUCUCUCUCUCUCUCCCUCUUUCUCUCUCUCACACACACAAACAAACACAAACAUGUGCACACAAAUGAACCACAUGACCUGUGGAACUAGAGAAAAGGUUGAUCAGGUGUUUUAGACCCAUCUAGUUAGAAAGUUUAGACCCCUGCUUAUUGUUAAACACACUCUGUGUUUUUUAUGCUAUAGUUUUUGAUUAUCUAACAGUUUUGUAUCUACACCGUUAACAAUUACCCACAUUUUAUCAAAACAAGGGUGUAAAUGAAAGCAAUUUACCUUUAACCAGUCUCUUCCAGUUACAUCAUAUUUCUUUUUUUAUGUGUGUUCAGUCUUAGUUUCAAAUGACCACCAGAGGGCGCCAGAUACAAGUUUGACCAGUGGUGCUGUUGAGGACCAUGAGAGGGGUGUACAGAUUUAAAGACAUAACGCUCCCCUCCAGAGAUUGAUUAUGUGACUCUUCUUUCAAAGGGGUGAACACCUUCUUAUUGAUUUUAGGCUGUACUUGACCACACUAUAGAUUACACUAUGAUGAUAUAUUUCUGUGAAGUGAGCUUCUCCCUCUAUCUUUCUUCCAUAUUUUUCUACUUUCCCUUUUUAUAAUCUCUUUCUAACAGCCUGUUUUGACAAAAAUGUCUCACCAAGUCAAUAAUUUUGUGGAAGAAAAACGUGUUGGAUGCUUCAGACAGUCCAAGUUGCCUUAGGUAUGAAAAAAGUAGUUUUUUUCAUAUCAUGAGUAACAGUCAGGUUUUUGGCACUGACAGCUGCUGAAACCGUACUGAUCCCCCUCUGUGUAUUUUAGUCUUUGUAUGAAAGACUGCAUCCUUCUCUGGUCACAAAUCUUGCUUCCAAACCCGUUUUGGAAAGACUUCAUGCAGCGCUCAGGAAGCAGAAGUAAAAUCCAUUUGCUCUCAGGAAAGGAAAAAGGAAAUGAGAUAGAGGGGAGCAAGACCAAGUGGACACCCAAGAGGCAAGAGUGUUAAGACAUCUGCUACCAAAAAGACAAAGGUGUGGGUUAAACAAGACCCAGGGGGUUAUCUGUCUCUGUUUUGGGCAAAACCCCAAAGAUAAACGUGGUCAGGGUCAGACAUGUGUGUCAUAUGACGGUUAAAAACUCAGAUUACCUCAGAAGAAAGAGAAAGUGACAACUUCAGGGGGGACAGCGUGAUGUGAAACAGAUUUUUUGUUUCAUCGAUACAUUUGUCAAGUUUUCUGUUUUUCUCACUAAACAUGAGACAGAAUAGGCACCCUUGUUUAUUUGGUUUUAUUCCAGACAAUAACAUUUGUAGUCAUUAAUAUGCAAAGUAAUGCCGGCUAACUUGCAUAUAAUUUUCAAAGCAUAUUAAGUAAUUAGAAGAAGAAACAAUGGGUUGACCCAGUGACUCAACUCAUUUGGAUUCCAGCGAUUUGGUACUCUGACUGUGACGCACAAUAGCCAUGCGUCCUGAGGUGUGUCUGAUAUGGACAGCAGGUGUUAUGAGAAAAAUAAUGUAUGUUAAUAACUUUACAAAAGGCUUUUAUUAUUCUCUGACUACAGACAAAUCUCUUGCAUUAACGCUGGUGGUUAGGUUUUUGAAAGGUUUCCUCUGCAUUGCCAUGUCCUUACAGGUACAUUUUCUUGUCUAUGAAAUUAUUCUUUAUGUUUUAUCUAAUUGAAUGUCUGGGGAGUAGAUCUGAAUCCCUCUGAAAUAUGCAUACCACUAUCUGUAAGUGUACUACUGAGUGGGGUGCACCAAUCGCAACUAAGUCAAAAGUUCCCAGCCUCAACUAGAUUGUUUAAAAUACCUUAAUUCCUGAAGUUAAUUAAUUUAUAAUUUCAUUUUUUAAAUUAUUUUAUUUAACACUUAUUUGAACAGGUAAGAAACCCAUUGAGAUCAAGAUCUCUUUUACAAGGGUGACCUGACCAAGAGGUCAGCAGCACAUGUCACAAUAAUAUUAAUGCAACUCAAGGACAAAAUAAGUUAACAGACACAGUACUUCUGAAAGUGCAUAGGAAAGGAAAAAAUAAUUUAAAUGAUUUAAAGUUGCACAUCAAUAAGUAAAUGGGCUGAAUGUGAAAUAAACUAAUUGUAGUAAAUAAGGGUGCAGAAAGCACUGAAGCUCAUACACUUUGCUUCAGUAAAAUGACAAACAAGGUCUUUUUCAAGUACAGUCCACUCUGAGCUUAAUGAACUGCCUUAUGAGAAACAAUACACUGUGAUAAGAUGCUGACAUUGUUCAGAAUUCAAAGUGGUGCUAAAAUAGCUUUUCUGCAUCUCACUGUACUUGUUUUAUUUUUGGCUGCAGCAAGAAACAAUACAGUGCUUUUUCUGAAUACAAGAACCACAGAGUUUUCUGAUUUGAGCUUUUACUGACCAACCCUGAACUGUGCUGUCUAUUUUGAUCGAGACAAUGGCCUAAGGACACUGGAUAAGGAUAAGGAGCUGGUGUUGUGCUUUUUUUCAGCUUUGAGAUCUUGUACAUUCAGCAGAGACAAACAAGAGAUUCAUGGGACAGAUGAAGCAAACAAAAGCUUUAGAAUAAUCUCAACUGCCUUUGCAAAAUAAAUCUGACUUAGAUAUCCUUAUAAAAUGAAAAUGACAUGCACUGUGUUGAAUCAAUAUUAUUUCACUGAGGUUUCCAAGCCCUGGAAAAAAUAUUUUCUGGUGUUUAAUACAAAAUACAGGUAGAUGGAUGACAUCCAAACGUUGCAGGACUGAAGAUGAACUUGUGUAGAAAUAUUGGCAGACUAAGACGUGAUGAGAGCAGACUGUGCAGACUUGUGUAGUCAAACCUCGGUGAUCAUUGCCAGAGCAGCAGGUUUUCUGGCAAAUAAUAAAAAACACAGGCCUGAGUUUUGAUAGUGUGUAUACAUAUCUAGCGAUAUCCCCCAUGUGUAAUGUUGAUAUUUUGAAAAUGUGAAAAUUCUCAGUUGAAGUGGGCCAACUUAUGCUAACAACCUUAUGUUUCAGUGAGCUGCUCCAGAUAAUAAGUCUCUGAAAAGAACAAGCAGUAACUCUGGACUUUCUCAUAGUUGGUCAUGCCGGUAUGAAUAGUAAGAUCUAUUAUUUCUAGGAUAGUGUGUGAAGGCCAAGUGUUGUUAUGAAUCCUGAUAUCUCUUUUACACACAUGUGCUCACACACACUGACGCACAAAUUCCUUAUGUCCCUGAGGAGCGUACUCUGAGAGUAUUGUGAGUGCUGGCAGUAAGUGAGGAAGCAACUCUGGUCCUCCUCCCUGACGGCUUCCUUUCAUUGUUGCUACAUCCACAUUUUUAAAGUCCACAUGAGCUUCCACGUGUGUGUGCGUCUCUGUGUAUGUAUGAGUGUGUGUGUGUGUGUGUUUCCUAAUCAGUGGGUGUACACAGACUGGCUUAAAGGUAAAAUUUGGGAAAUGGUAACUAAAUUUUUGGACUACAUCAAGACGUACCGAGGAAAAAUGUUCCAAACACAGUAGUUAUCUUGCCAAUGACAAGUUCCCCUCAUCAGCAAGGCCAGCAGAUAGGACAGUAUCUUACGAGGAAACGUGUCUCGGAAAUGGUCGAAUUAAGAAAUAUAUUUUGGCAGACAAAACCAUUAUUUUACGUCUGUCUAUUUCUGUCAAAACAAGUACAUUUAUUUUCAUGAUGUGCUCAAUCGUACUAGAACUUUUUGGAACUUUUAUAAACGAUAUUCAAGUUCCUUAAGACCUAUGGAUUUUUCUUUGAAAACUUCAAUAUAACAACUUUCUACAAGUGGAAGAAACUACUUAGAUUUUUUUUUCAACUUCCACAACAUCAUGGUUGGAAAUGACCUCCUCAGUUUUCUGUGUUUACAGGCUGGAGUCAGAAAUCGGUGCACUGGAGAGUGAAGAGUCCCAAAUAUCAGCCAAAGAGCAGGUCCUCAGAGAACGUCUGAAAGAAACAGAGCGCUCUAUAGAAGAUCUGCAGAAGGUAUUUGACAAAGAACUGUAUAUGGAGACGCUUUCAGGUGCAAAAAUAGUCACAAGAGGUAGUUUCUCAACAGUCUGACUAGAAUUGUGUUGCUUUAUGCACACAGAAAUGUUCAUGUUAAGUUGCAGAGUAACCGAGUGAAAACGCACCUGAUACCCACUGAGCAAACGAUCGCUAUUUGACGUCUAGUUUUCUAAUUAUGAUAGCCAUUGAAUAUUAUACAGUGUAGUAUAGAUACGGCCCAGAUUGAGAUUUUGUCUAAUUUUUGGUCUAAAUUUAGACGUCUAAAAAAAACUUUUUAUUUUUAGACCUGUGGUAGCCUGAUUUUAGACCAGUUGUCUAGGCUACAUUUAGACGUCUAUUAGACCUCUUUUAGACCAAAAAAUGCUUGGAGGGUAGCCAUAUUGCCGCACAUGCAAAAGGUCAAAGGUCUUACUAAUUCUAAUAACAUGAACCUGCUGGCUUAGGAGACAAGAAACAGUGAUUGACAUACAAUUGUUUUUAGAAAAUGGAUGAAAGGUCCAAAUUUAACGAGUCAAUGUUGUCCAAAAAGCAGAGAUAUGAUACUUGAAUGUAUUAAUUCAUAAAUAUAUAUUGUAUUUUUUUUAAAUGAACACUUUUGGUUAUAUGUACAGAAGUAAGUCUAUUAUAAGUCUGUUUUCUCAAAACUAAUGUGGCUCAUGUGGACCUUUCCUGUCUCUCUUUCAGAGUCUAAUGAACCAGGAUGGAGGUACGAAUAAUGACACACACUCUAAACACAGAAACAUACAGGGACACACACAAAGAAACAAACAAAGCUCCCUGAGUGGGUGUCCUCCCCCUGAGUUAGCAUUGUGUCCUUGCAGUGGGGUACCUCCACUUCUAUUUCUGUGUGUGUGUGUGUUUGCGCCUGUGUGUGAUAAUAGUCUCGCUGAGGCAGGAGAGAUGCAGGCCAGCGCACGCUUAUGACCCCAAAUCACACUCAUCCACACUAACAGUCACACACAUAGACAAACACUGACCCGCACACAGACACACACAUCUACUAAAAACUCAGACCCACACAAAUGCGCACAGACCCGGGCUCAGCGAGACUAUUGAGGCUGACACACACACAAGGCCAUGACUCUGCAGCCUGCAGUCGCUGCCUUUAUCCCCCCCUAUUCACCAACAAGCCCUGUAAGCCCCCCAAAGCUUUGUUCCCGCCAUCGCACACACACGCAGACACACACAAACACACGCACUUCUGCUGCAUAAGCAUUGAACCUCAGGGGUGCGAGAGUUGCCGUGGACACAGAAACAGAGGGAUGAGGCAAGUUAGGUAGUGUGCGAGUGUUUGUGUGUGUAUGUGAGUGUGUGUAGAAGAGAGGCGGGCAGGUCACCCAGGGGUGUGGUUAGAUACUACGCUUGGAGGCUGGGCUGUAUUUGUGUGUGUGUGUGUGUGUUUGUGUCAGGGUGUGGUUAUACAUCACCAAAUUGUGUGUCUUUGUGUGUAUGUGUGUGUAUCGGCAUGAGCCUGGGGAAUGAGUGUGUAUGUGUGUCUCCCUCACGGACUCCAACGUUCCUCUGACCAUGUGUCACUUCCCCUCUUGUGCUCCUGCUCACUAGAUGCGACCGGCUGCAUGUCCACCGCUCUCUCGGACUGCACGGACCCCAAUUCAGACCACCUCCUCCUGGCCACGCAGCCUCGGGCCGGCCAACCUGCCUCUGGAGAGCACGCCAUACCAAGACCUGGUAAGACACAGGGAGGAGAGAAGGGUGAGGGAGGGGAGAGAAGAGAGAGGGAGGGAGGGAGGCAGGAGGAAAGGAUGGUUUUGGGCUGCAGCCAAGUUGGAUUAUAAGCAGGACAAACUCACAUGCAUAUGGUAGGUGGUCAGGCACAGAUACACACAUGUUCGCACCAACUGAGUAAACUUUAACUAAAGGUCACGACACUUAGGAGUAGGUCUCCAUGGUAAAGUAGCCAUAAUGAGAGCAUAAGGACAAGAUCAAUAACUACAUUUAUUCUGAAAGUUGUCUUCAUAUAUGAACUUUUGAUAAGUAUGUAACUUUGAUUGAAAAAAGCAGAGAAAAUGUAUAACUAGUGUUUUAUUUCUGAAUGUACGGAUAAGGAUUAAUCAGUAAAGGUAUACUGGUAUUGACAGGCAAUUAUUUUUGACUUACUCUAGUUUUACUAUCGUAAGAAAAUGAAACUGUAGCUAUAUUAAGAAUCACAGCAGCUGUGAUUUUUACAUAACGGUAAAGAAAAUAUAUUUUUCUGUGUUGAACUGCUAAUCCUACAUUGUUAUCUAAUUGUUCUGAUCUAGUUUAAAAAAUAAAAGCUUCUGCAUGAGAGUGAUUGAGUUAUGCUGUUGACUUAUCUGCAGGUAUUUGAAUAUUACCAAGCAUAACAUAUCGUCUUUUCUUUAAUGUUUAAUUAAAAGAUUAAAGGCAACAGACUUUUAUACAGACAGAAUGUGUUCAGUGUCACAGCAUCAAGAAUCAUCAUGAUUUUUUGACAUGUCAUGACAGUUUGAAGUCAUUGAAAAAGGAGCCCGUUUUUAUCAGUGAUCAUUAAGAUGUUAAACCUGUAAGUUCAGUAAUUUUUCUUCCAUAUUUUGCACCUGUGGUUUGAAUUUUUAUUUAUUUUUUUGCUAGUUAAGGUCGUGUUUUUGUGUUUUACUAACUGCAAAUUUUGUCGAUUUAAUUAAUUCAUAAUAUUUCAGAGAGCACUUUUUCCCCUAUCUUUAUCCUUCACUCCCUACAACUUCUACUCCCCCACCUCCUCUCACUGCCCCCCCACCCCCUCACUUCGAACCCCUUUUACUUCUACAACUCAUCUCCUCCAUCCUCCCUGUCUCUCCUCCUAUCUACUGCCCCCCUCUCCUCCCACCUCCCCUCCCCCAUCCUCUUCUAAUAGCUAUGUUCGCCAUGGAGAUCAACGUGCAGCAUGACCCACAGACCGGAGAGCAGCGCAUCCUGUCAGCCAAUCGUGUGAACCCGCACGAUGCUGCAACACGGGGAAUAAAAGUCUAUGAUGAUGGCAGAAAGGUGGUCUAUGAGGUCACUUCCUCUAGGGGUGUGUCCACCACAACUGUGGAGAAUGGGUGGAGCUCUGCGCAGGUUGACCAGCUAAUCCAGCAAGCUGCCAGACCUGCUGACAGCAACAGGGGUCAUGUGACUGUGACCCCAGCUGAUCCGCAGGCCUAUGUUUCCCCAUUAGAUAUUGAUGAUCUGUCUCCACCCUCCUGCGCCCCGCCCUCCAUCCCUUCAAGCCCACCAGCCCAGGUGACCCUGCAGAGAGAGACCCGGCUUGGCAUGAUGCCCCCUUCUGCCCCAGUUACGACCCAGCCAGGCUCCUCAGCCCAUCCAGGCUCCGAGCUCACCUCCCCACCUCAAGCCACGGCAGAGCACCCAGUCACCAUGGUGUUCCUCGGCUACCAGGACGUUGACGACAUGAGCGAGAGCAGGCGACUGCUUGGUUUCGACGGGGCUGUAAAGGCUGAGGUGGUCUUGAUAGAUGAAGAUGAUGAGAAAUCCCUGAGAGAGAAAACAGUCACUGACCUAUCCAUCAUCGACGGCACAGCAGCCGAUCUCGUGUCAGGGCGGCCGGCCACAUCUGAGGCCGCCAGCACGGAACUGUCGUCAGAUGGCCGCGAGCCCGACAGCGCCUCCUCACCCCCUGCAAACGCUGAUGCCAAUACGGCUCCCCCACCUGGCCAUACCCCCGCCACAGGUACAGACAAGAGGAAACGCUGCCAGUGCUGCAUCCUCAUGUGACUGAAUCUUCUCCCUCUUCCAUCCUUUUAUUAUUACCCACAACACCCCUCUCUUCUCCUCUGUCUCUGGAUGGUUACUAACAGAAGCCCCGCCUUCCUCCUCCUCUGGACUCUGAAUGGCUGGCACACACAUGCACGCACACAUGCUCUUGUCUGACCUUUUAACUUUUACUUGAUUAAGUUAUUCUUUCUUACAUCUCUGCUUUUUUUUUACCCACUUUGUCAACAUGGAGUCUCAGACAACAUGACACAUUUUAUGAAUUCAAAUGAAUCAGGAAUAAAGCAAUGCUGCCAUAUUUAUGGUUAAUACAACACAUGUAGAUGGAAAAAGAGUUGACUAGUUGAUGUAAAACAACUCUCGGCGGUCUGUAAGACUUCGUGGACAAUCAAUCCCAUCACCAUGCUGUUUGACCAAACAGUCCGUAUGGCUUUAAGGACAAUCAAGUCGACCAUCUCCUUUUAAUAGGCCAGUUUAUAAAACAUUCAAAAAAGAUGGACGCAGCCUCUGUUAUUUUUUAUUUCUCUUUCCAGUCACUUUUCACCUCCUUUCUCACAGGCCACUCUCUCUACAAAGGCAGAUUCUUCAAUGUCGUCUCCAAACAUACACAGACACACAUGAACAACCACACACCCGAAAUACGAACUCCAACAACUCACCCCCUUCUCACCAGACGAAGAGGAGGGAACUCGUUGCCUUGGUUACUUUAUGUGCCUCUUCAUCCUUUCAAAUAGAUAGUCCUUAUGAAAAAGAAAAAAAAAAAAAGAAAUAGAGAUGAAAACAUCUAUCCGACUUUUAUUUUGUUUACUGUUAAUAUCUGAACAUUCUUUUCUUUUGUUCUGAAACUUGAAAGACCAUUGAAUUGUUUGGAUGCCAGUUUCCGUGGGAGCCUAAAGUUCAUGACACUGUUGUUAGCAGUAACAGGACUCUCUCUUUCUUUCUCUCUCUCUCUCUCUUCCUCUCUCUGUCAUUUUCUCCAUUAACUCCAGCUAUUCCACUGCUGAGGUCACUUCCUCCUAUUCUGGUACUUUCUAACUCAGCAACCAAUAAGAAGCACUGAGACCCUUUUGGCUGCCAGUAUGAUCCUCGCAGUCAUCUUUUCCAGUGUUACUAAAGGUUACAGAGCACAGGAAGCUAAUGGCAGCUUAAUGAGUCCACUCUGGCAGCCAAGGAACAUGUAUUUCCAACUAUAAAAAACAAAUAUGGGUUACCACUUACAGCCUGGGCACAAAGUUGUGAAUAGUGAAUAUUACUAAGCACUACCAUAUUUCUAAAUUACAGCUAUUGCAGCGGUGUUCAGAUGAGCUUUUAGAGAAAUUUGUAAUACCUGUUGAUCCUUUCGCCUUUUAAAUUCACUCCAUCACAGCACAAGAACACAAGAGAUCCAUUACGCUCUGCACUAAGAGACUAAAAACACUGCCAGCGCUUGCUGUAGUCACAAACCAGGUCCUUGUUUACAAGAGUGCUACAAAUAAUGUGGCCUGGGCUUCAUUACAACGACAUACAGUAUGUGGUACACUGUAGAAAAAAGCUCUCAAAAGCAGUAAUCAUCCUUGUUCUGUUGCAUGAUAAUGGAGGCUCUGAAAAGGUUUUGCUUCAUUUCAAGGCUCUUUAUGGUACAUGAAAUAGGGGAGAUUGUGCUGUUCAAGAGGCCUGAGAGAGAUAGUGACUGCAUUAUGCCAUUGUACACUGGAAGAAAUGUCUGUUUCCAUGGUUUAAUCAAUAAACUUAAACGGGCCAGAUGUGUGAUUGAAAAAGAUGUUAGCAGGUUUACAAAGAGGUUAGAGAGGCUCUUCAGGUCCAGAUAACGGGGUUUGGGGUUGUUUGUAGUCCAAGAUGAUGUGGCAUUCAAAUCUAAAAAGGGUCUUUGUGUAAGUUAUCCUCUCUAAAAUGUUGAUAUUGGCACAGAAAAAAAAAAUCACCCUGGAAAAAAUCUCUAACUAGUGACCCUGUGAGCCUCCCAAACCUUUUUUUUUCCAGAGUGCUGCAUUUAUUCUUUAUUUUUUUAGUCAUCAUCUGCCUUACCAGUCCUUUAAAUAAAGUUAGCUGGGUUCUCGCUCAGAUAACUGACAUCAUUUGACAACAGAAAUAAUAUCUUGGAUAUGAAAAGGUCUCUGUAUAAAUCACCUAUUCCCUAACAUAAUUCUGUGCACAGCCAUACACUCCCACCGUUGAACUGUUUCUUCAGUACAGGACUGUAACUCGAGUUCUGCCUUCAAACAUUCAUGCUUUAGUAUGAUUGGCCAAAGCUGCUGUCAGUCAGUCACCACUGGCUGUGUGAUUGGCCACCACAAGGCUGUGGCAUGUGUAGAUAAAGAAUGUAAAUACGCUCUAUAUUCUAUUUAGCAAUGAUUUUAUUUUCAACACAUAUAGAAAUGUAGAGAUAAUUCAGAGUAAUCUGGGUACUGGACAUUGUUCUAGUAUCCAACCAUGCCAUAUCACAACUGUAUGAGUGCACAAAUACCACCUUCGUAUAUCUGCAUUCACUAAUGUCACUGCUUUGCUGUGUUUAAUCUCAUUAUUAACCCCCCCCCUACACACACACACACACACACACACACACGUAAACACACACACACUCCUUACCUCUACCUUUAAAAACUCUUGGCAGCUGCUUCCAUUCACUUACCAAGUAUGGUUGGCUUUGGAAACACCAGAGGAUCUUAACAUUGUUCACAGUCAGGAUCAUAAAUAAUAAUAAUAACACUGAAUUUGCAUGGUAGCCAUUAAAGUAUAGAUCACACGCCAUUAACCUAACUGCUGACCAUCUUUAAAAACAAAAAUAGUAUCCACAAUGAUUCCUUGCGAGCAACCAUCUGUUUCCAUUCAUUAAGGUAAAGCUUUAAAGUCUAUGUUGUCAAAUGAAAUGCAUCUGAGAAACAAUUUUGUUGAUAAAAACACACACUUAUCUUUUACACUGUGUGCAUGUUUCAAUUUUUCCACCACAGAUCUUAUGGGGAAAAACAAAAAAGAUGAGUCUUCCAAACAUUUUGUCCCAGACUUUCUCCUCCAUGACACCCAUGAGCAACAAAUGGACCGUAAGGCCUGUAAAGGCAGAGGGCAGUCACUCAUGCUGUCAUGUUAAGUGCCCCAGAUUAGCAAACAGUUAUUCACUGCAUGAAUGUUUGGUUGAGGCUAUGCAAAGAGGUGUAUUCAACCUUUAUAAAUACACACAUGAUGUGCAACAGAGCAAAAAAGCACUUAUUGUAUGUACCAAGAGAGAAGCCCUAUCAUAUCCAAAAAAAAAGAAUAAGUGAGAGACUGGGUUCGAAUUAAUGCAGCCUGACCAAUCAAGUGUGUGUGUGUAUGUGUGCGUGUGUGUAUGUGUGUGUUUGUUUUUAAUUUAAUGCAAGGAGCUUUACAAGAACAUCAGAGUUGUUGAGUUUACCAGCCCCACUGCCAAGCCUGCAGUACUCCUCUGAUUCUCUAGGGGUCUCUCUUUUACUUGUCUGCCUGCCCUCAUGGUUGUAUGGACUGUUACAACAAAAAGGAGCCAUUUUCUAUUGUUCACCUCUCUAUUUCUCUCUCUCUCUGUCUCUCUCUCUUCCUUUCAAUCUGUCACUUUCUCUCUCUUCUUUCUCUCUGAUAUCUGUACCUUCUCUCUAUCUUUGGUCAAUAAAGCUGAGUUUCUCCAGUGCCCCCCUGCCGACUCUUGCUUGUUGUUCUUUCCAUCUGUCUCUAACAUUCACAUUUUCAUUGGCUGCUUACAAAGAUAUCACAAGCUACCCUGACUGCACCCCUACCUCUCUAUAAUACCCACUACCACUAACAAAUACACACAUUUCAGACACAAACACGUGAUUUUCAACAGUCAAACAAGCUUUAACUCUCGUUUCAAGGCCUCACUUGUACUUUUGUUUAGAAGUCAUGAUGAUAAGAAGGAAAGUUUGAAAGACCAAUUAAACUCCUCCUUCCCUUCUGUUUGACUCAGACAGGUUUUACAUGCAUGUGGUGCUUUUCACUGACUCACAAACUCAAAUCACAGAGGAGUAAAAUCAAUUGGGUAAUGCAACAACUCCUUGUAAAUGAGGGAAGGAGGCUGUUAUAAAUUUGCAAAGUUGCAUGAACAUAAAUGAAAGCCAGUUUGAUGGAUUUUGCCUAAAACAUGCACAACUUUAUAGUUUUUAAUGAGUUAUCAUCAAACUGAAAAACAGAAGUAACAAGAACCAAGAAAAGAUCUUCUAUGUCUCAUAUACUUUAAGUAUUUUAGGCACUGCUCUUCUGUUGUGUAAUCUACAACAAAUCGGCACAUAUUGCAUCCAGCUAACAUAAAAUGUUUACUUCUUUCAUCAGCAUACCUUUAAUUAAAUCAGGUUACAUGGACAUGUAUUGAAGUAAAUAAGCUGUUCUCAAAAAAAGGUUACAUUCAUUACCUUUAGGAUUAUGCAACACUUGAUUGGUUAAUUUUGUAGGUUCAUAGUUAAAUAGGUUAUGAGUAGAUGAAUGUAACAUGGUAUGAGUCUGUUCUCAGAAAAUCAUAAAGGAUGGCUUAACGGCAAAGAAACUUGGAGCAGACCUUUGAAAUAACCUCCCGUUUUUACUGACUCGCCACUGCCCAUGAAAAAUUGCUCUAAUAUAACAUUCCUGUGGGGACCCAGACUGUGUCUGUGCAAUCUAAUGAGUUUACACCCUGCAAAAAAUAUAUUAAACUCGAAAAAAAGGACUGUGAGUACUAAAGAAGAUAGACGGAGGGCAUGGGGAAGCUAGGGAAGUAGUUGAUGCUGAAGAAGGAAAGAAGAAAGCUCUGAGACUGAUCGUAAAAUAGAUUAUGAAUAGAUGGGUGGAUCAAUAGACUGUAACUCCAUGCCCUAGUUCUGCAGGAGCCCUGAGGCGCCACCAUGGUACCAGUAGUAGGUACUACAAGAAGACAUCACAGAUUUCAAACACUGCCUGUUUACUCAGCUAACCUCACUGGCUCAACUAAAAACCCACAGAGAGCAGCAGAGACACUAUCGAGAUGAAAAUACAAAACAAGCUGCACUUUAUACAUGAAUGAGACACCCACUUAUCUAAAGACACUGUGAACAUGAAGAAAGGCAGGUUUUUGUUUAAGAACAGGACAAAAAAGAAACAGACUGUGUUCUGUAAAUCAGUGAAGGUACAGUACUGCAACACUUCUAAACAUGAGGCUGUUUUAGCUCGAUGUCGUCAUCUGUUUUUUGAUGACGUGCAUCUAUCUUGGAUGAAGGACACUGUUACUGUUCACAUUUAAAACAGACAGGAUGUGAGGAGGUCAGCAGUCCAAACAAAACACACACUUCCCGCAGAGGAGAAAAUACAAGGUGAUAGAUGGUUGCGUGAGAGACGUCAGUAGGAUCAUUAUCUGAAAACAGGGCUGCAAUUGAGCUGCACACACACUCUUCCCACACAAUGAAUGGGUGUGUUUUCAGCGAUAAUAAACACUAAUUGAUUUACCCUGAAACAAUGACAGUCUUAGCUGAGACCAUGCACGCAGAUAAUUAUUACAUAUGCUCAUUCAUGCACUCACACAACUAAUGAUAAUACACAAGUCAGUGGUAGAAAGCACAACUGUGAUCUGGACUAACACUCAAAUAACAAUAUGGCCUUGCAACUCUACAUAAACUUCACAUACUAACAAUAAAUCUGUUAAUAAAAUCAUGUGCAUUAUGUGUUUGAGAGGGUACUUUAAGAUGCAUAUAAAUAUAACAGAACAGUAGUUAAAUAUGUAAAAUACACACUCAAAUGCACAGUAUGAUACAAAAUACAUAAUACUGGCUCUGAAGUGGAUUUGCAUCGACAUAUGAGGCAGGUUCACUGUGGCACAGACAAACUUAAACUUACUUCCAUAACUUGUUAUACUGUGAAUUAUUAUUUUUUUGUAAAAACCUUGCACAACAACAGUUGCAGAGGUUGCAAGACUGGCAGGAGUAGAAAAGCAUUGGUAGUUUAGUAGAUGUUAAGUUUAGUAAACCUAAUAGACUUGACUCCAGAGGCGUCACUCCGACUUUAAAGCAAUGAGAAAAGUCUCAAAAAAUAGCCAAAAAAAAUGAAUUGAUUAUGUUACUUACUAUUUCAGUACGUCAGGAAAAUUAAACUAGUAACUCAAUCACAAUUCAUUAGCUAUAAAACUGGUGAUAUCGACAUGUCUGAUUCUUGUUUGUGUCAGAGACAGCAGAUGUAUUCUUUGUAUUGCAUUCGAUAUUUCAUUCCGUUUAUGCUUGUGAAACUUCUCUCUAAACCACAUCCUGAGGCAAAAAUGACCUGUCUUUCAUGAAGAGUCAAGGUUAUAGAAAUGCACUUCUUUAUCCAACAGCAAUGAGAGGUGCUGAAAUAUACAAAGACCAGCUACAGGAACAAAAUGAAUAGAAAAUGAUAAUCAACAAAGAUGAUGAUAAUAACUCCAUUUUUGUUUCAUUAUAGGUUACAACAUAACACCAGGGUUUACUGUGCCAGAAAAUGGAUAUCAAGCUCCAAACAGGCAUCCACACACUGCAAUGGUGAGUCAAAAUGUGUUAUUAUGUUUACAAAAGGCUGCCAUUACGGCCAUUACAUUUAACCAUGAAAGUCUACGUGAUCACCUACAUGACGCACUUACAGGUGAAGUCAGAAAGCAUGGUUUGACAUCACAAAAGCAUUCAUGAUCCAUCGAAGGAGACCUACUUUCACAGCUGUUUGCAAAGGGUUACAGGCUUUCGAGACACAGUUUAUCAUUAUUGAAUUCAGCUCAUAGACUGUAAAGGGUUUAGCCCAUCUGGACGUCAGAUUCUUGUACACUGUCUGCGUCUGUCUGUAUAGUCUGCCUGUAAAAAUGUCAAGAGAGAAUGUUUGGAAUGACAUUCAGCCACAUUUUUGCCUCUCUAGAGGUGAGUUACAUGAGCUUGCAUGUCCUGUUACAGCGCCUUUAUGAUAUCAAACCCUUAUAUGGCCUUCGGUUAACUCAACAUGACCUUAUACUGUUUAAUUAUUUCUGCUGCUGAGCCCCUAUAAUAAAUCUAAAGGGGCUUAAGAUGAGACAAAGUACAUAGUGUAUGUAGCAGAUUCACUGUACAUUAGGCUAUUCUUAUCUGCUAGAGUGUACAGUAAGGUACAGUAAUAUUCCCUCGAGGGGUUAUUGCUGUUCUUGCAGUUUUGAAAGCUCCAAAACUAAAGUUACAAUAUUCUCAUAUGAGAUACUGUUCACUUUUUUAUCAAGUAUAUAAAGAUAGAGAAUCCAAGUUCAAUACAUUUAUCACUUCAGAACAAUUUAGUUUAUUUUGCUUUUUAUACUCAUGCUGUAAUAUGCACACAUAGGCCUACAUAGAUAUACAUAUAUAACUAGAUGUCUAUAUAUUUGCUUAUUUUAUAGACACUCACAUGAAAGCUAUUGUAUUAUUAUGACUUGCAUACUGAAUUCUGGAUCAUGUCCAAUGCACCGCUCAGUUGUUCAUGUUUUGCAUUUAAAGUAAAGGUACACAUUGUGUUUUUCUAGUGGGUUAAUUGGUAUGCCUGCAGAUGUACUUGUUAUUAGGAUACUCCAACAAAUGAGGUGGAGAAAACAACCCCAACCUUUAGUUUAUGCUGCAAUUGUUCCUUGGUUAUCUGGACAUUCUUUCAGGGACUUUUUGUCACCAUUAGCUUGCUUACUAAUUUAUUGUUUCAUGCUACCCUGCCCAUAAUCGCUCAAGCUUUCCUUUGGGUGAACAAGCGCUGAGUUAGAUGGGUUGCACACUGUGUAAUUAACAACUCUGGCCACCACUAUAUGUAUAAUCCCAAUUAAUUGGAAACAAAACAGAAAUAUUAGCUCAUUCUCUACCUAAUGAAUUAGACAUGGGCACAGACUGUGAAGCUUAGCCAUUUGCCAACCACCACUUGCCCAAUUAGGGCCAGUUCUUGGCACAGAAAUAAACAUGUCCAUUAUGUUUGGUGGCAAUACGGCUAAAGCAUAGACUGUAUAUAGAAUGGACAGCACAUAGUCGCCUAUAUAGGGGUUAGGGAUCCAUUUCGGACACAGCCUUAGUUUCAGGAAAUGGAGAAAAAAACACGGAAUUACCGAGAGCUUUUUGGCUUCAAAUCCGUGUACCGGCAGAAACAAGUUGUCCAUCCAGUCAACGGGCUAAAGCAGUCAUCACAUCAAUGUGUGUUAUAUCAUCUUUAUGGUUUAGCCCCACUCUGUUUAGCCAGUUCAUGACCCAAACUUCCUCAUUAGACAAGCACUGCUUGAUAAAGCUUUGAAAAUGAGGCCUUCAAUUAUUAAUUUCUCAAGCAGAUGCUGAGAUAACACUUUGGUGCAUCUAAGAUCAUAACAACCUAUUAAAAACUACACAACCAGAUAUUUUUUAAUGAGUCUUUAUAGGGAACCAAUGCUUCUCUCUAGAAAAACUGAACUUUCUGUGGACAUAUUGAAGUGUCCACCAUUCAAGACCUGAAGUAGUUAUCUUAAACUUUAUUUUAUAUCCAGCAUGCUUGUACUACUUAGUUACAGUCACUGCAAUGUUCUGGACUGUUCUGAGUAUCUGUUUGUUUCACUGAAAACGCCACCUGAGCACAUUUGAGAGGGGGGCUAGAGCCUGGGGCGGGGAGGGAGACAGAGAGAGUUGGGGAGACAGAGGGUGGGGUACAGAGGCAGGGGGGAGCUAGCUGGGCUGCAGCUGGGCUGUUCGCAGCUGAAUAAAUGAAUGAAAGGCAGUACGGCGGUAACCUGAUCCACGCGGGUCAGUCUCAUUGUGCUUGGCUGGAGCUCGCGCUGGCGGCUCGCUCUCUGAUUGUCUCUGGAACGGGACAGAAAACACUCCCGGGACCUCGCGAGCCCUGCAUUAUUCAGCGCGCGUGCCUUGAAAAAAAAGGAGAGAGAGAGAGAGAGAGAGAGAGAGAGAGAGAGAGAGAGAGAGAGCUGCCAGUUGGAAAAAGCUGGCGCGUACAAGGAGCUCAAUGUCAUCUCAUUCAGAGGCUGCCGUCUCCUUAUCACUGCUGCAACCACCACGAGAAGCUGCUCCGCUACUUCUCCUCCUCCUCUCCGUUUGCAGCUAUCUCUAUAGUGUCCCGCCGGCCGUUGGUGCAAGGGCUCUGGUAAUUUCGAUGUGAAACACUGGAAAGAGAAGACAAAGCAAACAGAAGAUAAAAAGUAGCGGUCACUCUGUCCGGUUAAGCCUCCACCGUUAGAGCUAAUCCCGGUCAUUAGUCGUUAGUUUUCCUGAGGAGCUCCGGGGGAUCAGCGCUCUGACGGCCACACAUCUUUCUCCGCACAGGUAGAGUGAAUUAAACAAAUGUUAUUACUCCAAAUAUGUCAGGGUGUAGCCUAAGUGAGCAAGUUACAAGGAAAGGAAACUAAUGGAGAGAGAGAGAGAGAGAGAGAGAGAGAGAGAGAGCAUACUCAAAGGGUUACAUUUGGGCUGCUUUUGCGUUUGUGUAUCUCAACUAAUGGCUUUCCAGGGGGGGACACUGCAUCCUUUCCUCCUCAUGGAGACACCCAAAGGGGGUCAGUGGACCAGACUGCUUGCUGCAGUGGUCUCUGCUUCUCUCGGUGUGUCUUUGUGCUCCUCCUCCUCCUCCUCUGCAUCACUUUAACCUACAUAUAGAAAUGACCUUAACCUGGUUUUCAUCAUCAGCAUCCUGAAUGACUUGGCAGAGACACAGAGACAGUAUUCCUGCUGAUGCUGCUCAUCAGAAGCCUUUCUCACCUGGAUUUUUUCCUCUUAGUCAUAUGUUUUUGUCCAGUUGCAGGUUAUUUUUAUGGCUUAUUAUCUAGUGUUUACCUUCAGCUCUCUUUCUCUAAAAUAGAUGCAGCCAGCUAUCUCGAAAUAUGGUCUUUGCAAGUUGUUGAAGCACAUAAAAUUCCAGCCUCACUUGUAUUGAAAAGCACUGGCAUUUUCAACUUUAACUUCUCAUGUUAACAUUCGUAAAAAUUGAAAGUGGCAACACCCAUGAUUGUUUGCACCGUAGGAGAGCAGGAGCUGAUGAUCACACCGAAGAAAGCUGUCACAUGCUCACAUGUUUGCUCUGCAAAGUUUUGAUCUUUCCUUUGACCUAUAGCUGUUACCAAGCAACUAACAACUCUUUGAUUGCUGGCUUUCAAAUGAUUCAAAGCGAGAUGUACAUUUUCACGCUGUGUGCUAAUGAUACACGUGGCUGCCUGUUGGCUUUUGAUUCUGGAUUACACAGACAGAUGAUUUUAACCUCAUUUAAAUUAGAGAUUAGAUCAUUAAUCUAUCUUGUCUCUAUUGCUUGUUCUCAGCUGCAGGUAAAUACUCUUUAAGUUGAGACUCACUGUCGAGAUACCGACAUUUUCUCUAAUUGCAGCUGGCCAACAACGCUAACAAUCCAUCUGAGCCCUGAGAAACCGCAAACAGUCUUAUAGUUGCUUUGUGUGAGGGAAAAAAAAGAGAUGUGUUCAUCUCUAGUCAACCUUAGAGAUGGCAGCUUUUAUUUAGUUUGCACUAUGUUUACACAGCAGUGCUGGAAAGACAGGCAAACACAUCCACCUGGCAGGAGGCAGCAAAGAGGGCAUCAAAACAGCACGAGACAGAAGGUGCAUUGGACCAUUUUUUUUUCCUAUCAGCAUGUCUCAUAAAGUGUGUUCAAUCACUUUUUCUUGUGAACUUUUGGAGCAUCGAGUUUAUAGAAAGUGUUUCGUGUCUACAGCAGCACUUUGAGAUGAAGUUUUAAUCACAUUUGGUCGGUAACAUUCCAAAUUUAGGAGCAAACAAAGCUGUGGCGAGGGUUUAAAAGCCUUUUUAUUGCCCACGCUGCAGACUAGACUAGAUCAUCAUUUGUGUUCACCGUUUUGUUUGGUCACCAUUUAAAGUAAUGGGCUGAUUCUGGAACUAACAAAGCCAAGGCAGCAAAGUGCCAAUUCAGUCUGUGUGUUUGCCAAAACCUCUGCCAAGCCCCAGGACAGAAAAAUCCCAGCCCGCACUCCAGCCAAUGACAUGAGCCACCUGAAUAUCCUAUAGACAGUCAGUGUUUGUUAGUGUUACUCCAAGUCUGUGUGUGUUUGUGUUUGAAGUACAUUUCCUGUCCCCAGUGAGAACAUGGACAGAACCAGCAGACCUAUCAAUGAUGUCUAUUUCCUUCAAACCUCUUCCUCUUCCCAGAACCCAGACACACACAUUAACUCACUCACACACAGAUAAUCACAGGUUACGCAACAGCUGUGAGACUGUUAAUGCCAAAGCUUGGUGAAGCCAAAAGUUCACAAGAGGUUGAAAUGAACAUGAGGUAAAGAAGCGGAGAUGGGCAGAGAGUGACCAAUGUGUUGGCAAGAAAGGAGCGAGGAGAGCAGAACCAAAGGGUAGUGCAGGUGGGUAUGUUUAUGUGCGUGUUGGGAGUAGUCAGAGCGGUGAACGUGGAGGAUGCUAGCAGGAUGUCUGUUCAGCCUCACAUGGCUUGAAGUGUUGUUGACAUUAACUGGCCGAUGGCCUUUCAAUGGCCGAUCUGUUGAUGGUUCUUCACAGGCAGUUUUCCAGGAAGAGAGUGAUACUCCACCUCCAGUGAUUGGAUGGCGGCCCAAACAUUACAGUCAUUUCAGUACGGUUCAGCUGGACACAGUUGCCACCCACUUAUUGAUGUUUUUUCUGUAAUAUUACGAUUUGAUUCAGAACUGCAGGAACUAUGAACUAUUGUUGUUCCUAGGACCCUAAUUUAGCUUCUGCUUCAGGUACUUUCGCAACACAAGGGGGCCUGUAAGUGAUGUCAGUACACUGUGAUUGGUUCAAGUGUGUGUGUGUGUGUGUGUGUGUUAUCAGCUGAUAAUGAGUGGAUGGCAUGAAAAGAAAGGAUGAAAUCAUGUGUUUCCCUCAGGCCAGCUAUUAGACGGAGCCUUGGAAAUGAUUUUCUACCCUUGAAACAAAGCCUCCUCAUGUUUGUGCAUGUCUGGGUAUCUGGGAUUUUCAGUAGUUCUUGGGUGUGAUUACCCUUUGAGGCUAUUUCUGAAUAGCCCAUGGGAAUGUGGAUGACAGCUCAAAGGGAUGAAAGGACACAGUGGGUAUUGUGUGUGUACGACCGGUUUGUUUGUCGUUAUUUCUUCUCGGAAAAUUGAGCUUACUGUCAAGCACACCUUUAGCAGUUUGAAAGAAAAGAGAGAAAAGUCUUGAGUUGAUCUCACUUUAAGUGUAUGGACUGCUCUUGUCUUUAUUUUCAUAUUCAUUUGGUCCCUUCAGACAUUUUUCUAUGCUACAGGAAGAGAAAAUGUACUGGAGACACAAAUCAGGUCUAAUGAGGAAUAGAGAUUAGAGAGUAUCCACUUUCUAAAUGAGGGAAACUCAUUUGCAUAUGGAUAGAAAAAGUACAGGCUAAAAUAGUCAACAGAAGACCACCUCUAUGCCAGUUUGUUGUCUCCUUAAUGAAGACACUAUAAAAAGAUAAACAAGGAAACUCAAUUUGUCAGAGAUAAAAGCUAUCAAAGCUAAAAAGCAUAUUAACUCAAAUGGUGUAGGCAUUACUCAUUCCACUCCAAGUGUCUGCUAGUUUACCGUGGUCCAAAAUCGGUGUAAUUGCAGACAGUUUCCAAAGUGACAAAGGAUGGGGGAUAGGGUUGUCAACGAAUAUUCUAAAUAUAAAUUUAAAAAAAACAAGAUUCGGAGCUGCUCCUGCAGUGAGACUCAACAAAAACCGUCUGUGGCACAAACUGGGAGAGAGUGGUCUGGACUCCAAUUAACUUUAGAAGCUCCGUUUGGAGAUAAUUUGGAUUUUGGGCAGACACAGAAAAAAUGCUGAGUGAGAUGAAGUUAUAUGCAAGCUGUGUAAGAUAGAUAUUCGAAUAUGUUCGAACCUAUGUGUUAUUUUUUGGAACGAAUAUUCAAACGUCAUUUUGGAGCAAUUUUGACAUCCCUUAUGGGGAGUGACAACCUGCUCUAUUAAGUAUCCGCUAAAGCAUUUUUCAAAACCUGAUAAUCAAUAACGUCUGAGCUAUCGGGCCUUGAGGGUCCUGUGAAGUAGCAUUAUACUUUGAGUUUAGUCACUUAUACAAUCGUGUAGCGCAAAAAAAAUAUGGAAGAGACUGGAUGGCAGUAUCAAUAAGGACUUGAAUCAUUAAGGAGUCUUGAUAACGGGCAAUUUCCACCACAUCCUGAACGGCUACAAAAAGGCUGUAUCCGCCGAUCGUAGCUGAUUGUAACCAUUCAAGUUAAUGUGUCAGUUUCCGACGGCUUCUUUCUGUUCUGCUGCGGAUCGCCAGACUCCGCUCCAGAUCGGAGCUGUUCUGGAUGCGGUGUAAUGGUUUCAGUAUCAAUAAAGUCAACAAUCCCCAUCUCUACCAGUGACAAUACUAAAACUGGUAUUCCACUAGCCUGGAAGCGACCUAGCCGGUAGCGUGAGGGUGGGUGUGACGUCAGUCCCACAACACUGAAUACAACAUCUAUUUAACUUAACUGACUCUAAUGUUUGUGUUCUCUACACUGUCUCUUGCUGAGGCUGCAUUUGUCAACAGAACUGUAAUUCAGUCAUUUUCAACAUUAACCAGAAAAAUUAACACUUGGACCAAAAUUAGUACGAUAAAAACUAACUUUAGUGACAAAAUUAACAGAAAGAUUACUGUUAUGUUGAGACUCUUGUUGCUUUGACCAAAAGAGAAUUAAAAAAGUCAAAGAGCACUUUUUUUCAUCACAUUGCAUCAUCCGAAAACAUUUUGUUCAGGAUUUUGGUAUUUAUGUUCUCAAGAGGAAGAGAACCGGAGGGAUGCAGGAAACACAACAAUAAAACCCCUCCAUGUGAUGGCCACCAUUACACAACCCCUACCACCCACUAUUGUCCACAACAUCCACCAACUAUUGUUGUAGUCUGCAACAGAAGUUAUUCAUUAAAUACAAAGCAAACCACAAACCACCUGCUAGCACAAAUACUGUGUUUACAACAAAGAUGUGCACAGAGAACAUGACAUAACGAAUUUUAAGAAUGACAUGUGAUAACAAUUCAGUUUUAAUACAGGAAUUCAGAAUGAACAAGAAGCCGUUUGAUAAAAUACGGAGGCAGAGACCGAGGCUGUGGUUCCAGGGAGUCAGGAGGCAGGAUGACCUCAAAUGUCAGGGCAUCAUUUCAUAACACAGGGCUGUGUUUUGAUUUUGAAAUACUGCUGAAGUCUCUUAUCACAUCCCUGCUGUAGACUGGAAUGUCAGGAAGCCAUGGUGUUUGAGAAAGUGAGAAUAGGGCUUUAGGGGCUGCUAUAUAAGUCGUUGUAAAUGUAUCUGUAUACUUUAUGAGGAAGCAGUCAAGCUCUGAGUUCUCACAGUCAAGGCCUUUAAAGAAAUAUGAUCAAUUUAGGAAUUUGAGGAUUUUUGUCAUAGUUCUCCUGGAAUGUACUGUGCAUUACUGACGCUGUGGAGGGAGUUUUCCUUAAAGGUUAGCUAAAGGUAAGAACUUGGAUCUUAAGUAAACAUUAGAUCUAGGUCAGUAUUUUAUCAGGUUUUCUUGACAGAAAAAAACAAACAAAAAGGAGUAUCUUUGAUUUCUCUCCCAGUAGUGCUGCCAAAUCAGAGUCCUACUAAAUCUGCGAUCUGUUAUUUCUCUAAAACCACAAAAACAAGCACUGAGAAAUCUAAUGAAAUGAAGAAUACUGUAAUCGUCAGGCCCAGACAUGUUCUCUGUCACAAGUCUGUUUUCUUCCUGUGUGAACCUCCUCUGUCUGUCUAAAUACUGCAGCCUAAUGAGCUGGUUUCCGGAAAUAGACAGGUGAUUAGCACACGGCCGCACACUGUAAGGCAAAGCAGAGCUAGUUAAUGCUGUAAGCUAACGCUGGGAUGAGUUCCCUCUCUGAGGAUCACAGUGUUAAUAUGCUUUGGCUCAUGGUUGGGAAUAGGCGAAUGCUCCAGGUCUUAAAAAACUCUUUUAUAUGCUGCUCAGAUAAAACCAUGCAGCGUCAGAGCUUACAGACAGAUUUAUUCCAAGAAGAAGCAAAAACAGCGAUCUUUUACAUUGCGGUUCAACUUUGCUUGUGAUGGCUAACAAGGUCAGACAACUUCUUAACCUCUGUGCAUUUGCUGUGUUAGACUGUACCUGUGUGGUUUGAUGAAAACAUUUUGUCUAAUAUUUUAAAUUCCAAGUGCUUCAAAUACUUAAUUUGAAUUUUGGGCUUUUGUUUUCAAUGCAUAUUCACUUCAUUAUCCGUCAACAUGGGAUGAUAAUCAAAGCUAACUAAUAUGCUAGCUUGCUGACUGAGGUGAAGUGAGGUGUUGGCAGGUAGGUGUGUCAAGCUCUCUAAACAUAGCUAUCUCACUGAAUAAAGUUCUGUACACUAAUCUAAUCUUUCUCCACGAAGGCCACACCAAUUUGAGAUAAUUGAUUAAUACAUUACAUGAACAGUGACAGGUGGUGCCCUUGGUCAGUUACUGUGUGAUAAGCUGAUGAUGUCAAUGAUGCAGAUUGACCAAACAGUUGGAAGAGGAACUUUAGGGAGGUUGGAGAGGCAGCAUGUAGUUUCAACUGUGUGUUUUUUUCAGAAACUGGAGGAAAGUUUUGCAACUAUGAGUAUUAGAGAAGCUGCACCGAAUCCAUUUUGCAUUUAUAAUAAAUAUUUUUACUUGCUGUAAAACCUGCACAUUCAGACAUGUUUGAAUACAACAGCUUCUCUGUCUAGUUUUAUUUCAGCCAAACCACUCCAGGUUGUUAGCCGGUCAGCCUCAUUGUGUGGUCUGUGGCUGCACUGAAGGUUCUGUGGGAAAAGAAAUACUAAAAUGGGCUGAAUCAUGCAGGGAAAGGAUUAGAAUUAUAUGCUUGAUGACUUUUCCUCUUCUGAUUCACACACAAACACACACAUGCGCACACACACACAGACACAGAAAAUGGGUGGGUCUCACAUAAACUCACACACACAUGAACGCACACAACUGUGUCCUCAAAACCCUAAAUGCAGCCAUCCGUGUGGUCCCUCCUCCUCAUGUGACAUGUUGUCCUCAGUUUAUUUCUUGUAAAUCUUUCUGAUACCUCUGAGUCCUGACGGUUAUUUUUGUCUUCUCAGUUUUAGAAUACUAACAGUUGAAUCCACCCCUCUUGAGAAGUCUAUUUGUAGUGUGGUGUGCAUACUUAAAAAGGGGUGUGUUGAUAGUUUUAGUCAUUGAAUUGCUUGGUCUGUUAUGAUAGGUUCGAUUUAUGUCAUUAUUCUUAUGUUCCUGUUGUCUAUUUUUAGUGUUUGGUUCAGGAGUUCACUUUCCUGUGUUUCCAGUUUUAUUAUGCCCUAUUUUUUUCUAAUUAACCUUUUGAACUUUUGUUAAUUAAAACCUUUAAUUGUUUUGAAUCUGCAAAAGUGUCCUUCUCCUUUUGUCUGAACGUAAUAUUGUUGCAUGGCCAAUGUAUGCACGGAUGUGUGAUGUGAUUUGAGGGAAAGGUAAUGAUAGCUGACAGCAACUUCUGUGUCCUGCUGGAUUAGCAGCAGGAGAGAACUGUUGCAUAACGAGGGCGGUUGAGGAAAGAGAGGACAGGGAAACUCUGCUGCUGCUAAAAUAAGUUUGUGACAAUGGGUCCUAAAUUUCCGGGAAAGCGGUGUCAUUUUUUAUCAUUGGGAAUUUCCUGAUUUUAAUGGGUAGUCAAAGGUGCCUUAAAAGACUGUGAUAGCAUAGUUGCAAUGGAAUUAAACAGUAUCAUCUGCAUAUAGGCUUACUUAAUGAGAGCUUGGUGGUUUAGUGCUACUUUUCUUUUAGCUUUUGUUCUUCUGGGAUUAUUUAAUGGUAUGUCUGAAUGAUGAGCUCUUUUAGUCAACUAAAUGACUUGCUAUGAUGGUUAAAAAAAAUAAAAAUGUGGGCCAUAUGUUUUGUUUGAGCUGUUGCGUCAUUGACCACAGGCUGCAAUAACGCAAUAAUGCUCUACUCAAAUAUAAACAUGCACAGAUGAGAACUCUCAUCCUGUAAAGCAGCAGUUUCACAGUAUAUGAGUCUGGAAAAUGGAGAAAAAGUUGUUUGUUUUGUUUAGUAAACUUUCAUAGCAUUACUUGACUGGAGCGACGCACUACCAGCACAGGCGUGUGGUAAAUAACCAAAGCUCUAAGAGUGUUUGCCACACUGCAAACCAAUUCACACACUUUCCUGCAGACCUAUGGGAUCCUGUGUGUAGUCAUGUUGUGCAAAAUGUCCACUGUUUUCUAUGUUUUCUUAGUAAUAGACAAACCCGUUAGUUUGAAUUAAACUACUUGGACAUUAGUUGCGUUUGAACAUCCUUAGUAGGCUAUGUUUGAUAAUCACAAUACUGCAGGCCUCUGCAAAAGCGUCUGAGUCAUUUAAGACAUCCUGUGUGUUGUGUUGAUUGAAUACUUUAUCUAAUUUGUGCAUUAAGUGUGAUGUAUGAAGAAUGGCUGUUAGUGGUUAGUCAGUCAAUGACUUUGAAGGACAUUUUUUCAGUCAUAAUUUGUUCAUAUGAUCAAUGUAUGUGGAACCUGGCCCUCGAUAAGCAGCAUUUGAUUUAAAUAUCAAAUCUGUGCCCUAAUGGGAAGGAAAGAAAACACAGAACAGUUUUCUAGCCCAGGCUGUAGCUCAUGAUGGACAGUUUCAGUAUUCUCAGUGUUGGCACUAGACAGUGUUUUGUCCCUGUUAGUCCUGCACUUGUGCCGUCAAAGUUAACCUGGCUCUCUGCCCUGUGCUUGUAGAGCCCGUGCACACAAAUGGUCACACUCUUUGACUACAGACCUUUCUGCUUGAGAAGAACCUCCAUCUGUGAGCAAAUAAGUGUGCUUGUUACGUGUGUGGAUGUGUGUGUGUGUUUGUGUGUGUGUGUGUUCUAGCAUUAGUAUUCAGUCCUGAGAGUCCCACUGAAGCGCUUGCUGGGCCCUUUGUUGUUGCUUCAUGAAGGGGUCUUAGGGGGCCUGGGUUGUGUGUGAGAAGUGUCAUGAGAGACUUGGAAAGGGACACAAAUAACGGACACGAGUCCAGACUUGCAGUGCAUUCCUCUCCAACGCUCAAAACCUAAAAGCUUUCUGAACAGUUUCAGUCUGGUGGUUUUUCUAAAUUCUCUGGCAAUGAGGAGGUGAAGAUUGCUUUCAUUCUGCUGCAGCACUGCAGUAUGCUGUUGCUGUGUUUGUGUGUCUGUGUUUGGAGUUUAGUUGAGGUACACAAAAGACACAGGAACCAUUAAGAGUUGUGCCUCUAAAAGAGGAAGUGAUUCACUACAGCUACAGGGAUUGUGUUCUCCACGGAAGUUCUUGUGCCAGUUUCUGGAUGAAAAAUAAAUGCUGCCUAUUCACUUAGUCACACUAGUUAAAGACCCACUUCGAUGAAAAUGAUGUUUUUCUUGUUGUCUCCGUGUUCAUUUGGCAUUUUUCUGAUGCUACAGGACAUAUCAUGAAAAAAUAAGUGGGAAAGUUCAUUUCGGAGUAUUUCUGCAUUCAAAUCAUUGUGAUCUCAGGCAGAUCUAAACGGAAGGCUCAGAUACAGUGAGAUUUCCUACAUCACAAAUCCAAACUCCGCCCCCUGAGUCCCACUAUGCAGGCCAGACUCUGAGAAGUAGAGACAGACGAUCGCGGAACAAGCCUGUGUGUUAGCAGAGUGCAAUGCUCAUAAGAAAGCUAAUUAUGACAUUAACUUUCAUCAUGUCCCCAAAGACAUUAGUGUCCGAGAACUGAAUAGAUCCGAUAUUACCUGCUUCAUCGUCUACAUUGGCAAUGUUAGGCUGUAAGCUAGGGUGAAGAGGAGGGUGCAGAGCAGCGCUGUCUCUGCUCCAUCUCAGAGGUGAAUUGGUAAUGAGCUCUGCAGAAGAAAAGCCCUUGAAAAUGACACAGGUAAUUCAAUAUUACAAUUCAAUAUGCAGAGAGUUGUAAAGAUAGAAAUAUCAACUCGCAGCUAAAGGCAUCUACAAUGUUUCAGCACGUUUUAAACAGUAUUUUUAGUGUAAUGGCCUUUGUUAUCUUUGAAACGACUGAUUUUGCCAAACGUUGACCCCAGUGACCUCAGCAUGAUGCUAGAAGUUCAUGAUUGUGUGCGCGGCUCUUAGAUUUGGGUAUGUUUCCUGUGUUGAGGGCAACUUCCAUGGAUACAAAAGUUAGCUUAGCUUCCUGAUUUCCUGUUUUGAUAACCUGUGUGCUCAGUGAUAGGCUUUUAUCCAACCAGCUGCUUCCUUUACUUUACUACAUCUUUUUUUUCUAAUGUCUCAAAACUGCUUGCCAUUCAGUCUUGAAAUUCAUUGUCAUUAUCUCCAUCUACCAAAAAGACUCAAGGAUUUCCGUAAUGAAAGUAAGGUACUGGAGGAUUGAAGAGGGUGAUCCCCAUCACUGCAGAGCUUCAGCAUGUGAAAUAAGUUUGUUAUCACUAGGAUUUAACAAAACUGUUGUGAGUUCAAUCAGGUGGAGACGGACUCUGAUAUUUAACACCUGUUUUAAGGAGACUGAAGGAAUUCCCACUCAUGCAUGUCACCAGUGUGUAAGAACAUUUCUCUCUUCAGGAUAGUCAGCUGUUUAGAUCUGUCACACGUGGUUGACUUAAUCAACAGUAGAUGAGGACAUGAUGACAUGAUCAGGACAUGAACUUGGAUCUGAAAGGAUAAUUGUUAUUUACAUUGUGGUUGUACUCUCUCACUGAUGCUAGGCUUUACAUGUUUCCACUGUACUUGACCUCUAUAGCUUGUGUGUGAGCGUGUGUUUCUAUAGAGUUUAUGUGCCAUAGCUAAGUGUCUCAUUCGCUUUGAGCUGAUCAAUCAUGAUCAGCUGUCAUCGUGACAGCAGACUGCUCUAGGCACUUAUUGACGAGACAGUGUUGACCCAGUUACACACAACCACACAUGGACAACCACAUGAUUAAAUCAUCAUAUAAUACUCCUACUGCUUUCUUCUUUUCUCCUUUUUUCUUCUUUUUUUCUUGGACACCUCUUCUACAGCUGUGGGCUAUUUAAGUUCGGUAGCUUUGCCAGCACGAGUGUAUUGACCAUCACAAGUCUUCUUGUGUGUUACAACCCAGUCAGGGCUGGAAGUCCCCAGAGCAUAUCCAGUAAUUGGGUUACUGUCCCAAUUUUCUGUAACCGAUUUCCCUCCAUGAGUUAUUUCUAGUCUGGGAACCCACCAGGAAGUAGUGUUUUUUUUUUCUUUUGAAACAUGGAAAAAAAAUAUUUAAUAAAAAAAUUAAAUACAAUUUUAAUACAUUUUUUGGAGCAUUUUUUUGCCUUUAUUAUAGGACAAUGGAGAGAGAGAAAUGGCAUGCCACAAAUAGUCAGGCCAGGACUCAUAACUGCGACUAACCCACUCGGCAAACAUGGAAGGAUUAUAAUUUGAUAGUUGAAAUGUAAUGGUUAAAACUUGAUGCUGAGGGGGACACCUGGGCUUUUGUUGGUCUGUCUUUGUGGUUACACAGUCAGAUAAUCUCUCUGCAUUAGAGAUGCAAGGAAAAGAGAUGUUGAUGGUACGAUUGUUGUCUGAGUGACAAUCACAGUAUCAUGACCUUCGCAAUCAUUGCAUAUUCAUUCAUUUCACAACAUUUCUGAAGAAUAAUAUCACAUGAAGAACAACCUUAAAAAAUAUGAGUGUUAUUUAUUUUUACUAUUGUUAUUUAUUUAAUGAAUGUUGUUUCUUUGGUCAAGAUUUUGGACCAGUUGCUAAAAUCCCUCUUUUUCCACGGUUACAUCAUUUGUCUUCCAGAAUGUGAACUUCAAUUAGCAAAUACUCCAAUGCUUGAUGGAGUGGUUAGUUUACUUUUGGUUUCCAUGUUAUGAGCUGCUGGUAUUUCCUCCUUACAUUCCUUCUUAGACAGGUUAUAUUUCAUAGUAGGAUUUUGCUUGUAGUUUGUUGUGUUUUCACAAAGCUAAGGUGCUUGGCCAUGGAGGUUUUGCAAAUCUUUUUUUUUUUUUUCGUUAAUUCCUUUUGAUACUGAUGCCUUUUUCCAGACUCCUCCGAGUCCUUUUCAUACUGCUAUCGAGUCUUUUUUAUUAUUGUUUCUUUUAAACUAUUGAAUUUGAACUGAUUUUUUGCGACUCUAGCAUUUGAACACAUCAUGAAUGAUAAUGUAGUAUUCACUUUUGCCUAUCUUUCGUUUGUGAAUGCCUCACAAUGAAAUUGUCUGUCACCUUGAUUAGUUAGCUUAUUAGCUUCUGUUCGGCUGAUUUCAACAAGAAUUUCAACACUGGAUCGAGAUUUUUAACUUACAGGACUUGCUCCAAAGUCUGGCUGUGCUUACCCCAGCUGCUUUUGGUGAAGAAGACAGUCAGAAGACAGGGUAAAGACAUACAGACAGUCAAAAUAACUGCAGGUACUUGAUUUGAUUUGAUGCACAAAGCUAAGGUGCUUGGCCAUGAAGGUUGUGUUUUCCAAAAGUGAAGUUUGACAUUACUGCACUGGACCCUCAGGACUUGAUAGCCGAUAAGCUCAAUUGUUGUUGAUGUUUGUGUUUUGACCAACGCUUUGUUAGAACCUGGUUAUCCAUUUCCAUUCCUAGUCAAAUAUAAUGUACCAGCAUCUUUUUGAGAGUGACAACAGAAGCAUUUGUGGAACCUGUACAAUUGAAGAAGUUAGGGCUGUCACUUAUGAUCAAAAAUCAGUUUUUGUGUAAACUUGUCUUUGUGGAAACGUUCAUAUCCAAACUGUGCUGAGCCAUUAGAAUUGAAAAAACACAGUAUACCGUUACCCCUGAUCGGGUGGUCUAGCUUACUGUUUGAUCCAGCAGAGGGCACUCUUAUCAUAACCAGACCAUCGCAUACGCUCUCCAUUAAAUUAACACAGUGAUAAUUUUCCAAAAAAUGUAUUUGUAUUUUGUGAGAAAUUCACUGCCCUAUAUGCAAGGUUAGCAGUCCAGUUGGUGGAGUCGCUGUAUCUAUAUUGGCGUACAUAAUAUUGCUAUCUGAUCUUUUGAUUUCAAGGAAAGUGUUUCCAGUGUGUAGUACUGAUAUUGUGUUUGUGAGUGGAGAAAGUGAACCAUGACGCUGGUCAGCUCCAGUUUCCACCGGCCUGAUCCUAUGACCCGACAUGAACACAAUCGCACACAAACCAUCACAGAAAGGCAGCCUCAUGUGGGUCUGUAGUUUGGUACCAAAGAGAUCAGCUGAAAGGAGUGAUAAUGGAAUAGUUUGAGGUCCACUGUGAAUAUAACUUAGCAGACUUGACAUAGGGUGUAUACAGCCAGCUCAUCGUUCUAUCCAUCAUACUGGACUGAGUCAACAGUCCCACAGUGAUGAUGAUGAUGACAGAAAAAGACCAUUACCUCCCUUAUCACCUCUCCCUCUCUUCAAUCAUCAAGUCUUCAUCACCUCCUCCCUCUUUCCACUUUUAACAGGAGCAGUAGAUUAAAGAGAACGUGGGUAAGCAACAUACGUACAGAGUGAAUAAAGAAAGGGUUUGGUCUAAUAGGAAAGGAGGGGUGGAGAGCCACAGGGUGGAUGUUUUUGCUGUGUGUGUGUGUGUUUGUAUGAGGGCCUGCACAGACGGGGUCUUUGUGCGGGAGGGCAUCUGCAGAAACGCGCACGCACAUAUGCACACAUUUAUGCCAUGACAUCACAGCUUACCGAGCAGCCGGCAGGAAUGUUACUGAGAAAGGAGAGGCUUUGUGGAGGAGAGGAAAGAGACGGGAGGGGAGGAAAAGGAGGAGAAGAAGGGGAGGAAAAGGCUUGGCCAGGGAAAAGUCCGGCACUCCCACUAUUUGGAACAGGACGGGCCAAGGCUGGAGUGAGGUGAACACGGCUAAAUUGGAAAAAAGGAUUAAACUCUUAGAAGACAGAAAACACAUUCAUGGUUGUAAAUUUUGAUUCAUUUCAAAAUUGAGGAGUUUCUUUUAAACGUAUGGAUGUACAGAUAUCACUGAAAUAGGAAAAUCUGUUUCUGAGACAAGAAAUCCCAUCAGAGCAGAAGGUGAGUCCAUAACUUACUUAUGCUAUUUUAUUUUUUACAGUAAUUCUUUGUUAUUAGACAGCAAACUGAUUGGAGGCCAAUGCUGAGUUUUGACAAUUUGGUGGGCUAGCUAGAACACAUGAGGAAGUGUCAGAGAGUGGGUAAGGGUCUUUUUAAAAACACAUCACCCAAACAGCGCCUAUACCGUCACAUUUGUCUUAUUUCUGCUGUUGUGUUAGUUCAAAUCCUCGAGCUAGUAUCGAGAUUCCUCUCCUGAUGUUUCUGCCAGCUGUUCGCUCUCUUACACAGCCCACCUGUCUGACUGCUGACUCUGCCAAGCAGUCAUCCACCAUGUGUCAGCCAAGCUCAACCACUUAUUUAGCUUGUAAAGCGGCCUAUGGUUACUUUCAUUUACAACUCUUAAAGCAGAAACCGAGUGAAUCAUGAUAAGUGCCGCAUAACAGCGUUUGGCCAGGGUUCACAAUCCAGGUAAGUUUGGACAUGAGAAGAGCAGGCUAAACCAGCAGCAGGAUCCAGUUACUACACAGGAUCAAAUUCAGCCAGGAAACACAGCCUGAACACGGACUGCUCUGGGUUACACAGGAACUUAAUGUGUGUGUGUGUGUGUGCUUCAGAAGUCUUUCAUUUUUACAUUUGCCAUGUGUUCUGGCUACAGUAUGAUCUAAGUCAAGGCUAUGACGUGAUACUUUAGGCGUGGAAAGUCUGUUUGUUUUUUGAGAUAGAGGGGAACCGAAAGAAAGCGUGAGACAGACGUCAAGGUUGUGUGUUUAUUUCCACUCAGGGAGUACUCUGUUGUUUCAUAUUCGGGUAAAUGCUUUCGAAUACACAAACCCCCCAGCGUCUCAGGCAUGCAGCCCAGUGUGCGUGUUUGUGUGUGUGUUUGUGAUUUUUGUGCAUCCCAGUCAGAGUGUAAGCUUUUCCAGAUGUGAGAGAACAGGGACAGGCAGAGAAUGAGACAGCAUUUAGACAUCACAGACAGUGAUGCUUAGCUGACUCACAGAGACUCAUGAUAGUAACACUGCACUUGUAAUGUGUUUCGAUUCAAUUCGCUUAUCCCCCCUUUCUCAUUAUUUUAACUUUUACAACCCACGUAUUUACCUAACCUUGACUUUCAUGAUAUAAAAGAGAAAAUAAAAACCACCUGAGCUAGCCCAGACAUCAUUAACGCCAGACUCAAAAGUCUGAAAGCCUAAAAUAGAUCCAUUAAUGUGGCGAGACUUUUAAAAAUAUCUUUGCUUUGUGGGAUUUUCCUUGAUGCUCCGUCCUUGAACAGCUGGUACAGUAUGGUGCUGAGGUGCUAAUGUUAACACAGCUGUGUAACUGCUACAUAAAUGUAUAUUUAUAAGCUAAUAGAACCCAAACUGUAACUGUAAUAUUAAUAACUAAAUCUUGUUAUUUCAGAUGUUUAAAAAAAGUCAGAAAAACGUGUUUCUUUCUAUAACUCAGACGUGAUUUCUUUCUACGUUUAAACAUAAAUGUAAUUGCGCUUUCUCUCUCAAACACGCAGCACACUUUGCUCCCUAAGCUGGUCCAGCAGGGUGUACAAUGUCCCUCAUCACAAGUAUUAGAGUCCGAGCCCUAGAGGACAGCUAUGCCUGGAAUGUCAGCUCACCUCACGGGAGUCAAAUACACACGUGAAUACACACCUCCAGCACAAAUACACACACUCAGAAGACCACAUUCACACUAAGGUGCACAGCCAAAGUCACAAACACGCGCUUUUUAUUGUGUGUUUGUGUGUGUGUGUGUGUGGCAGCGGAAUAGCAUUGCAUAUGAGACAUUCUUGUACUGUAGAAGUGUUUUCCUCAGGCGGUAACAGGAUAUCCUCCCCCUCUGUACUGUCCUGCCUGCUGGACACACUACUUCACACUCGCACAUUCCUGCACAUGCACUCACACAAACCAUAUAUACAAUGGGUAAUAUGUGAUCAAACAGAAGGCCUGAUCUGUGUGGGUGGGUGUGACAUCUGGUCCUCACAUGUAGUCUAAUAUCGUUAGCUAGGUUGAAAUCAUUUGACUUGAUGGUGUAGAGGGCGUGGGAGUGAGAAACAAAGAAACACAGCAGUUCAAACUUUUCUUGUAAUGUUCAAUCAAGGUAUAGAGAGCCAAAAAAAAAAAAAUAAUAGUCACGUUUAAAGGGAUAUUCUGGCGUAAAUUUAAGUUAUGGUCAAACACACCGUAACAUCGAGUUAGACACCCCCUCGAGAGAUGAAUGUUGCCGACUGCUUGCUUCUCUAGUUAUACCAACUUUAGUAACAACUGCACAAUAGCAAUACACAGCGGUCAACGUCUCCACACACAGCACCUAACUUCACCAACAGUACAUAUAGGGUUCCAGCCAUAGUACUGGCUACCAAACAUCUUUUAAGCUUUGCCUAAUUCCCUUAGCAAAGAGACCAAACAACUCACCCUCUCUCCUCCAGCAGCAGCUUGUUUGUUGGGGAGCCCUGAUGAGUUGCGCAGUCAAAGGAAGAACAUUUAUGAUCAUUUCUUUAUGAAAAUGCAAUCAGGCUGAGACACUAAGGCAGAAGAACUACCGCGUCUGCAGUGCAAAAUGAUUAUUAUGAUGAUUAUUACUGUAAGGAAAUGAAUGAUCCGCUGCAGUCAGUGAUCGACUUGCAGGGAAGCAAGCAGUCGGCAACAUUCAUCUCUUGAGGGGGUGUCUAACUUGGUGUUACAGUGUGUUUGGCAGUAACUUAAAUUUACACUGGACAUAUCCCUUUAAAUGAGCUUGCUGCUUAAACUUUGUUUUUCUGAAUAAGAUCUUCUGUUGAAGCUUCUCAAACUGUAAAUAUUGUUUUAACAUUUCCGACUGUUAUUUUGAAAGCCGUUUUUGUGCAUGAAAACAUCCAGAGACUGUCUCCUAAAAAGCAUUGAGCAGUAUUUUGUUCCUCACUGAGCAGCCCACCUUUGUGCUACAGACUAAAAAGACUUACCAUCACAGUUUUGACAAUGUUUCCCACAGUGAAUCACAUCAGCUUUGUUGCUUUGACUGGUUUUGAAUACUGUGCUAAAACAGACAAAGGGACUGCUGUUUUGAUUAAGAUAAACCUUUAUUUAUCCCACAGUGGUUGGAAAUGUUCGGUGUUAACAGCAGCGAAGGACCAGCACUGCAAACACGGAAGAAUAAGUACACUUAUUAUUAAAAAAAUAACAAACUUAAACCUUAACAGAAAAGAGAAAAAAUAAAGCAACAACAACAACAAACCAAAAGCAGCUCUAAAAUCAGUUGAGCAGUAAUCUGUGUCCUGUACGGCACAGCAGCUGCACUAUUAGAUUCAGACUUCACAUUUGAUUUGACGCAAUCAGAUUUAAUGCGGCUUAAGACCAAAUAGCUCCAAAGCUAAUAGCAUUCCCAUUAUCCUCAGCUGUGUUUGUGCAACUUAGCAAAUGCUAUAAUUUAAUUAUGUUUAAGAUUGUACCUGUUAAGGUCAGAUUUAUAGUGCUGUCAUUGCAAGCAUGGUAGCAAGCUGGUGUUAUAUUUAGCUAAAACCACUGCUGUUGGUAGGUACAGUGGAAAUAGACUUAAAGAGUUUGUGCAUUAAUGUUUUCUUUCAUAACUUUUCAGUGGAUAUAUUAGUGACAGACAAGUUUUUGUGUCACUGUUUCUUGACUUUAUGGUACAUUAGCGAAUGAAUGUUUUAUAGAUUUGACUGUCCACACACAUCCUGAUGGAGUCCUCUCAGAGAGUGUGUAUCACAGACUCAUGAGACAGCAUGAUUUGAGAAAAUAAGCAUGUGACCGAGCCAGAUGAGUUACCAAAAUGCCCUCAGAGAAUUUUCUUUUUCUCUCAGUAGACAUAAGAGACAUGGGGGUGGGGGGUGGUGGAGAUGUUGCUUCAUUAUAUCCACCAGUCAAGGCUUUAGAGUAGAAGCAGGAUAUCAUAAUCCACCAUGUGACUCCACUGACCACAGCUUCUUGGCUUUUACAGUCAGUGAAGAGACGUCAAACCAAAAGAGGAAGGAAAAGACAGUUAAGAUGGAGAAAGGGAUUCGACUGAAGAAAUCAACAAAACAAAGAGGGAAAGCGAAAAAACAAGGGUGUAUAAGGAGAGAAAAACUCCUCCUUGUGUCGAUACCAAGUCUUAGUGUAACCUUCAGUCUGCAGAAACACCUUCUCUUGUUUCUUCACAUCAGUAAAAGUUCCCAUGACUUUCAUUAAAUGACAGUCUGGUACGUGUCUGAGUCUUAAAGUGGAAAAAAGGGUAAAAAGUAAAGACUUCCUCUUUAUGGCUGUGUGUACUUGAAGAAAACAGUGAACCAAUUCAUUGAAGUAGGUCUCAUUAAAUCCUCAUACACACACACACACUCCCACUUGGUACAAAGAUGAGGGUCAACAACCCUGCAUAGAGGCAAACACAUCCUUAGCAUUGAGGUGUAAUUGGUUUUAAGGCAAUAAAACAGAAAGCUAAUAGAGUUUUUGAGAGCGGCCCGUGUAGAAAGCACAAUAAUAACAGGAGUGUGUUAAUGUAGCUGCGCACUGAAUGCUGGUCUGGAAUGUGUCAGAGGGAUGGUUUACAAAAGCAGGUCACAGGUUUGAUCCCUGCAUGCCUGAGUGUCAACAAACGUGUCUUCUAACCACAUAUCCAAGAAUCAGAUGCCCUCGAUGGUUAGAGAAUAGAAGCCGGCGUUAUGUAUGUGUUUAUUCAAAAUGACAGAGGAUUUUUAUCAGGCAAGACAAGCUCUUAAAAUGUCCCAGAAUCCCCAAAGUCUGAACAGAGCUGUGAUCGAUAAAUGAUGUUUGUGAUCACUGUACAGUGGCAUAUUGACUGAUAAUGAUGGAAUUAUGUCUUUUAGGUGAUUCCAUUUGAUGCAAGCAACACCUUACAAAGAAGUUAGAACAAAGGCAUGUUUAUCAUUGUGCUGCAUCACUUUUGAAAGUUUAGGAGCCAAGGAGACGCGUUUUUGCACUUUUAACAGUGAAAUGUUGUUUGAUGUAAGAUUUUAGCAGCUCAAAAGUUCAAAAUCUAUCAUUUAGUUGGAUAUUCCAUUUUAUACCAAAUGUUUUCAAUUGUUGGUAGGGAUGUCCCAAUCCGAUAUUGAUGUUGGAAAUCGGUCCGAUAUCAGCAAAAAAAGAAUAUCUCAUUUUGUCGGCCUGCAUCUAAAAUCUCUGAUAUAUGCGCUCCGAUACAAGCAGUCAAUUCCAGACUCCACUCCAGUUCCUCUAUCUAGCAGUGCCUGGAUCUAGCAUGCAGAGCCUACAUGAUCACACCAACAGUGUGUACUAAGGUACGAACAAAGUAGCAAGGAGUAGGAGUGAUGUCAGACGUGUGGCAGUAUUUUUUCGUUUAAGUCCAAAAAAGACGUCGCAACUGAGUGCAUUAAUUCUCCUGCACAAAUUCGUGCUAAUAUCAGAUCAAUAUCACCAUCAGCCAACAACAUUGGUGUCGUAUGGGAAGUAAAAAAGUUGUAUUGGGACACCCCUAUUGUUGACAUGUUGGAAUUACAGACAGGCCAGUUUAGCGAUCAUCCUCAUCUAUGCUGUUGUAUUACCUGCAGAGUGCAGUUUGUCGCCCCAACAAAGGGGAUUGUCUGGAUGGCAGCACUGGUGUCUCCCAGAGGUGUAAGCUUCCCUUUCCAUGAGCACUCAUGACUCCCUAUACCACAGAUGCUGGCUGUGCUGAUAACAAGCCAGAUGGUCCCUCUGCAGUCUGACGCGGUGUCCCUGAUUUCAAAAAGGAAUGUCAAGUUUUCAUUCAUCAGACUAUUGUACAGUUUUCCAUUUUGCCUCAGUCCUUUUGAUGUGGGCUCAGGCCACAUCCCAGAUUAUGUGUCUGUAAGGUUUCGCCUUUUCGGUGCAGAUUCAACCUGCAUAUGUUGAUACAAUGACAAACUGUGGCCACAGACAGUAUUUUCUUGUAAGUGUUGCUCAUGGAGAAGUUUCCACUACAAAGUCAUGUUUGUUAUUGGUGUUGUUUAUUAGACUUUGUACCUUUAGGGCAGACAUUUCCUCAGAUUUUCUUAAUCUUUUUUUAAACUGUGGAUGAUGAAUUUUAUGCUAAAAAAAAAUCAUCAUUCUGAUUUUUUUUAACCAUUUGCUCAUGCAGUGUUUCAUAGGGUGAAUGUCCAACCAUUUUUACCUAUUAGAGACUCAGCCUCUCAGGAUACGAUAUCAUAUUGCAAAUCAGUUACUCAGCUUUUGUAGUGUUUUGUUUUCCCUGUCCAAACUUUUUCAAAACAUAUUGCAGAAAUCAAAUUGUAAAUAAGCAUAAAAUUUCCCCCGCAAAAAUCUUGAUAUGCAAACAGUCCAACUGUGUAGUCACUCCGUCCGUAAGUAUCUUGUAUAUUGUACUGAGCCAUCACAUUUUACUCUAUUUGGAAGCCGUGAAGGACCUUUCAUUUUGACAACUCAUUUCUUUCUCUUCUGGGACUAUUUCAGCAGGGAAAUUAGGUUUUUGGAAUCCAUUCAUUCCUCUCAUAAAAGCUGCUGCUGAUGUGGCCUUGAGCCUGGCACUCAAUCCAGAACAACAUCAGCAGAACUGCUCUGUGAACAGCUGAGGUCGGGGGAGAUACAUUCUGUGAAUGUUUGUGUUACAGAGAGAUCGUGAUAAAGCAGCAGAGCCAUAAGUCUCUUUGCUGACGUUCUCCUUGACAGUAGGAGUGAAGGAUUGUGCUAAUGUGUCACUUUAAAGGACAUAAAGAGGGACAUGAAGAUAUAUCUCUUUUUAUGUGUUUUGUUUCAUUUAGGUUUUAUUCAAAAUCAAGAAUAAAAACCAAGAUAAAAAUCUUUAUUCUAUUCUAAACUGAUGUUUUAGAGAGCUCUUCCUAUUGACGCUCACUGUUGAGUUUCUGAUGUGACAUAAAAAAGCAACAUGGCAACAUAUGGCGACCCCUAGUGGUGACCAUCAAGAAUAAACUCUCCCGUUGCUGCAGAGGUUUAACAAUACUGCAAUGCAGACAGAUAGAUUUCUAUGAGAGAAAAGGCCAGAGUGUGACCUGUCCAAGAAUAACCCACAGAAAAAGAGUUUUUCUUCACAUCCUCUCGAAUUUUUCAUUAAAAUGAAACAUGAACAUCUCCUCAGUAUACAUACAGAUCUCUCUUAACAUGUCCUGUCCUGUUUGUUGACAGAAAUCAUGGCGGGCAGCCGAGGAUUUCAGUGACCCCGUACCGAGAGAGCGAGCACUGAAGAGCGUCAGUUUCCAGGAAUCGGUCAGUGUUAUCUCAGACAGGCCUGCAACCAUGGAAAUGGAGAGCCAACAGAUCCAACAUGGCUGCCUGAGCAGCCCCAGUAACCGAGCCCACAAUGCAGUCGGUGUGAAAGUUGAGAGUUCUGACAGCGAGGUUGUGCAGGUAUGUACCAGCUCCAUGACUCAGGAACAGAGUUAGUCGUUUCUAAAUUCACGUCUUGCUGUCCAAGAAGAAGAGAACUUUGUCACCGAUCAGUUGUAACCGACUAAUAAGUGCUUUACAUAGUUUUAAUUUACCUUGCUGAUCACAUUUUAUCCCUUUACUUUACAGAGCAGUAACUUUGAAAUAAGUAACUUGAUUUUCUUCUGUGUCUAUAGGAGAUCCGCUACCUGGAUCAGGUUUUGGACGCUGCCUCAGAAACACCCACCAACGGCAAUUCCUCCCCAUCACAAAUCAACAGAGCCAUCAGUAUCGAUGGAAACUCUCCAUCUGUGUGCGUGUCCGCCUCCUCUCCCGUCAAUCACGUUGUCGUCGAGGGCCAGAGACAAACCACGUUCCUCCACCAAGGCGAGUCCGAUGUUAGGACCAACGGGCACAUGCAGGGAGAGGAGUCAGGGAGCAGCCGGGCCAAGUUUGAGCUGAGAGCUUUUCAAGAAGAGAGACGACCAGCUAAACUCUUCACGCCUGGAGAGGAGCAGCAGGUCAGGGUGACGAGAAGACGACCCUCAGAGGAGGUAAGUGGCUGUGAGAUAAUGCAGACGAAAAAAAAUUAUGCAGAAUUUAGACAUUCAAUAACAAAAACACAACAGCACUAUGAAUAUGAGUCCAAACUCAGAGUCUGUAUUUUGCUUAUAUGGAGUAAUAGUUUGGAGAAAGGCUCAAAAUUGUGUUUUCUACCAAAUGAACAUUAUCUGAAAACACAUUAAAUCAUAUAUGUUGUUGCAUUUGGCCACUCUUGUAAAAGUUUGUUUUUAUCUGAUUAAAUAAAGGUUGAAUAAAAAAAAAUGUCAUGAUGAAAAAUUGAAGUUUAUUUAUGACAAGAUGAACCUCAGAUUAUUGAUAACCAGGAUUACAAUUUUUUGAAGUAUUAGUACUAUCAAAAUUGAGUCCUGUAUAUUGUAACAUAAACGACACAUACACAUGCUCAGAAAUGCACAUACACAUAUCACUGGUUAUGGAUCAAACAUUGUCCUGCUACCCAGCCUCUGUGUUCGACAUUGCAGACAAGGGGCAGCAGUGGUAUAAGUAUCCCACCUUGAUAUGACGGUAUGUUAGAGUUUAGAGGAAAAUACACAAAAACAAUCUUGAAUAUUUUUAAGAUUCAGAGGAAAAGAAAAUGUGAUUUAUACUGAACAUGUUUCAAGUCACCAGCUUUAUAAGUACAUGGAUCUAAAAAGUUACAUAUUUAUUCAGAUAGAGUCAAAUAUGUGUCAUGCACAAUGCUAAGUAAAAUAGUUAAACUCUUUUCUCUACUAAGUACGACGGAGUAUUAGGGCCACAUUAAGAAAAAAAAUAAGAUUAAAGUCAUUAAUUUACAAGAAUAAAGUAAUUACUAAUGAAAAUAAAGUUAUUAUUAACUAGAAUAAAGUCGUAGUAAAGUAAUCACUUACAAGAGUCAAGUCAGAAUAAAGUCCUUAUAUUCCAACCUGUUGUUUAAGAUGACAGUUGUUGAAAUGAGAGCCAUGGAAUAUUUACUGAAAAUGUACUUCAAUGUAGGUUUUCUCAAACAAGGAGAUACAUCAGCACAUCAGCACCACAUUAUCAUAAGUAUCAAAAUGAUUUUAUUACGACUUUAUUCUUGUAAGUAAUGACUUUAUUCUCGCAAAUUAACGACUUCAAUCUCAAAGUCUUUUUUUUUGAUGUGGCACUAAUACUCCGUUGUAACUAAGCCCCCAAAUUACCUAAAAACUAAACUCUGUGAAUAAUAUUGAAAUUGGACGAUUUCAUAUUUUCCUCAGAGAUAAAAAAGUAAAGUAAAAGACAUAUCAGUAUGGCAUGUCUUUUCUUUAUUUUUUGGCAGAGUUGUAGGAUAAUUUUACAGUCUAUUUAUCUGACUCUCUCCUUUUUCUCCUGGUUUGUAACCGAUCAGGUUCAGGAGUUGGAGCGAGAGCGUCAGGAGCUGAUAAAAGACCAAGCAGUGAAGAAAAACCCCGGGAUCGCCCAGCGCUGGUGGAACCCUCCUCAGGAGGUAGUCUCUCAUUCAUUCAUUCAAUCUGUAUUCAUUUGAUAAGCACUGAUUUCUUUAGGUUCAUUCAUUCAUUCAUUUGGUUUAUUGAAGGUCCCUUUGGAAGAGCAGCUGGAUGCAGACCAGCUGGAGUCUCUGAAGAAAUACCAGGAAAGGAAGCAGCAGAAACAGAAUCAUACUUACGCAUACACACAGGUAACGCCACUCAAAACACACACAAAUGUAUAUCAACUACACUCUCUUGAAACAACGCCUGCAUUUUUAUUUUCUGUCUCACUUCUUUUCUCACUUUAUCCUUUUUACAGAUUUUUUAACUCCUGCUCUCUCGUCUCUCUUUGCAGCCCCAGUUAACAGGCCCUCCAACAAUGGUGACCUUUGACCCUAACCUACACAGGAAGGACGAUAUAGUGGAGGAGCAGAUUGACUUCUCGGUCGCAAGGAAACAGUUUCUUCAGGGAGAUGGGACCAAGAGGGAUGUAGCUCCACACAUAUACUCUGCCAAACCCUUUUCUAAAUCCGUAACCAGGGGCAGCCAGGGGGUCAGUGACAUUAUUGCAGAGGUAGGAGAAAGUCACGUGACCUGGCCAAGUGAAGGACUUGCUGGGGAGUUCACCUGCGCGCGAGCUGUGAUGACAAUCCUGCGUGAGGAGGAAGAAGGGAAGAGCCAUUUCCAUCCAGGUUUCCACCUGGAGGAGUCCGACUCGGGGCUGGAUGAGCUGUCUGUCCGCUCUCAGGACACCACUGUGUUUAGUCUGGAUAAUGUCUCAGACAGCGGGGCGUCACUACCACCUACUCCUCUACCACUUACCCCGGUGUCGCCGCCUACCCCUCAGCCCACCACACCAGUCAACGGGCAGACCAGUGGCAUCCCAACAGAAGACGAGCUUGAGUACCACGCUGGAGUUCUGGUCCAGAACGCCAUCCAAAACGCCCUUGCUGCUCAAAACGGGGAAGAAUGGCAGCCGUCUGACUUAAACUCUUCACAGCUGAGCACUCCUGUUUCUCCAUCUUCAGCUUCUACAAGCAGCCCAGUGCCAGUGUCCUCCUCUCCUGUGUCUUGUGGUGAAGCUCCAGGACUUCAGUCGCCUGUUGUCUCCAGUCCUGUACCACCAAUCUCUCCCCCACAGACAGAGAGACAGCCAGAGGUAAAAGUCACCUUGGAAGAGAAGCUCGAGGAGACACAAGAGGCUCCACAGCAGCAGCAGCAGCAGCCUUUGUUGAGGACACCAUCUCCACCUCCAUCUCAGCCCAUCUCUCCACCACAGAGACCCAAAGAUGGAGGCCCCAGGAUCAAAAUCCAGUCCUCCUACGCCAGAGCACUAGCUUCCUCAACUCCCGCUCCAGCUCCAGCUCCUGCCACAGCGGCCCCAGUUUCUAGACCGACCCCAGUCUACCGCCCCCCUUCCCCUCCAAGCCCGGAUAAACAAGAGUUCAGCUACUUCAGUAAAUACUCAGAGGCGGCGGAGCUUCGCAGCACGGCGGCGGCACCGCGAGCCCCCGAGGUUGAGCAAGCCAGCGGGCCGUUCCGCCUCCGCUCCAAGAAGCAGAGGACUUUGUCGAUGAUCGAGGAGGAGAUCCGAGCGGCUCAGCAGAGGGAGGAGGAGCUGAAGAAGCAAAGGGAGACACAGCCAGCUGUCAAUGUCCGUCCCAGUAGCAAUUAUGGGAACGCCAGGAUGGGGCCGCGGCAAACCACCAUAACCCCAGCAGAUAAGAUGAAGAGCAACAGCCUGCCUGCUAGACUCACACUAUCAGCCAGGACAGCCCCAGGUUAGUCAGGAGGUUCUCACUGGUCCCUGUGUGUCACACAUCGCUGUUACUGUUGCAUUUAUCGAUUGCUACUGUGACCGUUUUACUUGUCAGUCUGAUCAGCUGAUUUCACCAGGUCAUCUUCUUCUUCUUCUUCUUCUUCUUUGAUGCGUAGGAAAGAUCGAGAAAGUUCGACCUGCACCGCCAGUCUCACCCUCGCCCUCAGAGGGAGCCCUGUCUGACGCCGGCAGUGAGGACUCGGGAGGAUCUCGUCCCAAAAACUUUAUGCAGACGCUCAUGGAAGACUAUGAAACACACAAAGUGAAGAGGAGGGAGAAGAUGGAGGACAACAGUGUAAGUACUCAAAUCCAGGAGAAGCUUAGAUAACCAAGAAUAUGUUUUUCUUUGUGUAACUGCUUAUAAAAAUUCUGUAUAUUUUACAAAAGAAGAUUGGGGCCACAUGAAGAGAAAAAAAGAAUUACAGGAAAGAGACUAAAGUCGAAAUUUAGAGAUUAAAAAAAUUGAAACUGUGACAAUAAAGUCAAAAGUUUAAGAUAAAAAAUUGAAAUUUUGAGAUUAAAGUUGAGAUUUUACAAUUAAAGUUGGCAUGAAUAAGGUCGAAAUUUCGGGAUUAGAAAAAGUCAAAAUUUCGAGAUUAAAAAAAUUUAAAUUUUGAGAUUAAAGUCGACAUGAAUAAUCGGAAUUUCAACUUUAAUUUUCCACUUAAAUGUCAAAAUUUUGACUUUAAUCUCAAAAUGAAAAUUAAUAAAAAUCUUCCUCCUGUAAUAAUUUUUUAUCUUCUUCUGGCCCUAAUCGUCUUUCGUAGUUUUAGACUGUUUGUAGUUUCAGAAAAAGACCUGAACUUUUCAUCACAAAAGACAUGAAAUGAAUAUUCGAACAUGUACCUAAGUGAGUUACGAUGAUGGCAGCAUAAGCUUGGUAAACUUAAUUCGCUCUAGUCAACAUGGCUUGUUGGCACUAUGAGCAAAUACCGAACAACACCAGGGGGAAUUUCCCAACCUCUAAGGGGAACAGAAACUGAAAGUAAUGCACAGAUGCUGGGGGAAUUUUGUUCUGAGUCCAUCCUCUUUUUUGUCAAUGUGCCACACUGAUGCUGACAGAGUGUCAUUGUUCAGGAUCAGGUCUCUCUCAGGAGGAAAUGUUAACUCGUGGUGUUUGAAACUGUCUGCUAGAGCGGGCAAAGAAUCAUGAUGUGUCAAACGGCUUUCAAUUCUACUUAAAUACGUUCAUACUCGUGCAGCAGGUUGUUGAUCUUGUUAUUGUACUCAUCAUAUGUGUUGAUUAUAUGUCAUGUUGCUUCUCUCCUGCUGGUCGGUCAGUAUGCCCGCUUGCUGCUGGCUCAAGAGGUAACCACUGAGGUACCUGUUGCACCCCAAACCUGUUCUCUCCAACAAGUGCCUUAACUGACAGACCUGGGUCAGACUCAAGUAUUGAAAAAAUAAAUAACCUCCUGUGUGGAUUUAGGUUCAGUCUCUCGAGAUUGAUUUCACAUUUGUAUUUAUUAACUGUAUUUUUACAUGGCUGAUACCAUUUGUUAUUACAGUGGUUAUUUAAACUCAAAAGUUUCCUCACUGGGAUUUAUUUACAUCUUCCUUCACUAAAUUUACACCAUAACAAACAGACAUUUGGUUAAAGCAGGGACACUUAUUUCCACCACUAAUCUAGAUAUGUUGUAAAACUGGUCCUGAGAUAGAGCAUAUGAGUUUAAUGAAUCCUAGACUGAGUCACAUCUGUAAACGAAGCUUAAAUAUAUAUAUUUCUUUUUCAUCUGGUCCCAGGUCUGCUUGUGGUCUAACUGCCUUACUGUUUGCUCUGUGGUUGUGCUGCAUGUGCUUGCCCCUGGCAUUGGUGUGAUAUUGAUCCCCAGGAACCCCCUAUGCACAAUGUUAGGCACAUGUAUCCUGUAGAGAAAAAUAUGGAGCUCUUUAAAAGUAUUCUAUAGGGCUGGGCGAUAUGACCUCAAAUCAAAAUCACGAUAUAUUGAGCAGUUCACCUCGAUAAUGAUAAAUAGACGAUAACUACUCCACAAAUUGCUUACCCCCUCCCACAUUAACUUUGUCGACUUCAGCCGCUACAACUUUUGAACCGUUCUCCAUCUCCUCACCUGUUUUUCCCUCCUUUUACAAACUGGAUGAGGUGGAGUCAUAUCGCUGAUGUAGGACAGCGUCUUAAAGGGACAUGAGACCAUAGCCUACCUACACACAUCCAAAACCAACUUUUAUUUAUUUAUUUUUAUGACACCAGAAAUACCAAUAUGGGCCAAAUGACGUCGGUUACUGUCGUAAAUUUCGGUAUCAAUAAAUUUUCGGUUUAUCGCCCAGCCCUAGAAUUCUAUAUGAGGAGUUAUUCGACAAAUGUACUGUAUGAUGUUUGCAUUUAUAUGUAGUGGUUGUUUUGAUCCUCACUGUCUGGAGCUCAGUGUUAACUACUCAAAUGAGCGCUUGAGUAGAAGCUCUCUGUCGUGGAAAUCGUCUUCAGUAAUCAUUACUGUAGCCGUUGUGUCAGAUGUAAACAAUGCAACUUUAUCAGCGUCACCUUCACCCUGGAUUUGUGUGUAUGACAAAGAUAUGCUCGUGUUUGUAGGUCAGUGUGUAUCUGUGUGAGAAUGUCUUUGUCUCAUUAAAUAUGAAACAAAGCAUGAAAAAUGUUCCUGAAAUGGAGUAAAAUCACCUUUGUUUUUAUUGUCAAAUACUACAGAUGCACCUCUUUUAAUAAUACAUUAAAAAACAAAAUAGAGCGGGUUAUCCACUAUUUCAGUUUGAGUUUUUGACACACACUGCAUGUCAUUUUAAAGUCACUGUAACAUGUUGUUUUUCUGUCUUUGUGCCGUCUUUAUGAUCUAAUUAGUCAUUAUGUAAUGUACAGGUCUUGGAGGCCACUCGUGUCACCAGGAGGAAAAGCGACAUGGCAAAGAAGUGGGAAGCUGGCAUCUACGCCAAUGAGGAAGGAGAGGAGGAAGAGGAAGAGGAGGAAGAAGAAGAAGAAGAAGAGGAGGAGGAGUAA